AUGAUUUGUAGGUGAUUGACGUAAGUAAAGACCUUGGUCACCAUCCUCUCAGCUCUUUAUAAACAUCACUGUGAGUGCACAUAUUCAUUUCAGCAUUACACUGAGUUGUUUCGGCAUAGGAGUAACUACUAGGUUAUUGAAAUAUGUAGUCCUCGCUUGUGGAAUUGCCAAAUAGUUAGCAGCUUCUAACUUGCCGUAAUUUCAACAUGCAGUUACAUGCAGAUGCAACAUAGCUCUGUUUCUUUGCAAAGAAAAAAAUAUAUAUACAGACACAGUUCAGUCAAUAUUAAUAUCACCCAAGUUGUAGAUAUCUACUAGUCAUUAUUUUGCUCUUACUCUCAGUGUGCUAUAUGGACAUGAUCCAGCCAAAGUUAGACACUUGCAAGUCUUAUUUGUUCAAAUGCAUGCCACCUUGAGCUCCUUAUAGGAAAAGUGGGAUAUAAAUGUGGUAAUUGAUGAUGAUGAUGAAUGUAGUUUUCAUUAAGUUGGAGGCUGCUGCCAGUGAGGAUGGAGUAUAGUGCUAUAUAGAUAUGUGGUCUCUCAUGUGGAUCCAGAAUUGGUCUCCACAGUCACUUACGGACUCAUUGUUAAAACCGUGUUUAUGGAAGACAAUCUUGCUCGGCUACGAGUGAUUGCCAAAGAAAGAAGAAAUAUACAAACAAUUUUUUACAGCCUCAAGUACACAUGUGCUGUUAUGUCAAGUUUAUGAAACUGAAUGAUUACAGUUUUCAGUUUCAUAACGCGGCAAAUUUGGUUUUUCCCAGCUCAGUGUCACUGACAUACCAUAGUCUUGCACAAUAAUCAUUUGACCAAACUUUCCUCAGACCAACCUACUUCACUUUAGGCUUAAAAGAAGGAGGGAACCACAUUGAAACCUCUUUUUGUCUUUGUAUGUAAAAUUCUGCUUGUUUAUUUUCUAGGUCGCAAUUCACAAUAAAAUCAAAGGAAGGACAGAACUACAAGACAACCAACACAAGAGGUAAGCACAUAUUAAGCUGCCUUAUACUAAGUCAGACCAUUGGUCAAUCCCGUUCAGUAUUAUCUACACUGACUGGCAGUGACUCUCCAGGGUUUUAGGUAGGCAUCUUUUCCUGCCGAACCAAGGACAAAAUCUUGGGAUCUCCUCAUGAGUAGAUGUGCAUAAGAUUGUGCUGCGCAGUUGCAGUCCUUCACACUUCUCUGGGAGUACCGGUAAGUCCUGUUGAACUCAGUGGGACUUGUUUCUGAGUUGCAUAGGAUCCAACUUUUAGCCCUGUUUUAAGCAGAGUUUGCUUUCUCUGUUGCUUCAUUUACAACAUUUAGGAUGAAUGUUACUGCGAAAGCAGCUUUGGGACCCCAAAAUUGGUUGAACUUGGGUUUUUUUGUCAUAGUAAAAUAUUUAGAGGCUGUGGUUGUUAUUUGAGAGAGCAGUAACUUACAGUAUUGCCCCAUUUCACACAAGACUGUGGCUUUUAGCACAAACAAGCAAAUGUGGUUUUCCAGAGAGAAGGUUGUUGCUGCUGUGGAAUUUAACAGCUGGGUGACUGACUGUGUGUUUGUUUGUUUGUUUGUUUGUUUGUGUUUGUGUGUGUGUAAGGGAUAUAGACAUUUUUUGUUUUCUUAUCAGGCCUUCAGUGUCUUGAAUCACUGCCUGGUACUCAACUGUUGAAUGGCACAACUUUUCUCUUAACUGUAAUACCAUGGCAGAAAGUACUUUCCUACUAAAUUAAAAGUUUCCCCCAUUGAGAACCAGUGUGGUGUGGUGGUUAGAACAGGGAUGGGGAACCCAAGGCCCUCCAAGUGUUGUUGGGUUCCAUUUCCCAUCAGGCAUAGCCAGUAUGGCCAAAAGCCAAGGAUGAGGGGAGCUGUCACCUAGCCACAUCCCCAGGUUAGAGUAUAAGACUAGGAUAGGCAGACCAGGGUUCAAAUCCCCACUCAUCCAUUAAAAUUCCCUGAGUGUCCUUGGGCAAGUCACUGCCACCCUUUUUGUCCCCUAUUUGCUCCAGAGAGUUUGAGGAACCAACAGAAAUAGAUUUGAGGGCAUGGGGAUGGGGAGAGCGAGAGGAAGUUCCAUUGCACAAGUGGAAGCCAUCCUUGCACUAAUGGGAUGGCUUCAUUGGAUACAACCCUAAAUGUCUGUCAAAAAGUGAUUAAGUGCAGGAACUUUGCCAGGAAAAAAAAAGUGACAAUCUAAUUUGUGACGUUUAGGAUUGAUUUUUGUUUCUUUCUUUCAUAUAUAUUAAGAUUUUCUGAUUAGUAAAAUUAGCACGUGCAGUGGUCUCUGCAAUUCUAUUUAUGAAAUGUGUGCUAGAGGUGGUUGUUUGCGGCUGGAUGUGGAAGAGCAAAUAGACUGGCAGCUCACCUAGUGUGAGAGGAAACUGUACUAAUACAUGUAUUCAGUGACUAGCCCUUUUCCUUGUGAGACAAAAGAAGAAAUGAAACUUCUUUCAACAUCAGUGUUUCCUAAUGCAGUUCCUCCAACAUUGCUACUUAUAGUUUGAAGGAACUCCCAAUUUAAACAAGCUACUGCUAGAGGGGAAUAAUUUGGGUAAGCAAAACAUAAGACAUGAGCGAUGAGGAAGUAAAAGAACCCAGUAGAGUGGGGCUUUGUGAACCCUCAGCAUAUAAUGACUGCAUAGCUGUGAGAGGAUUUCUGGAGGCUUCUACACAAAGCCGGCUCAAGAUAUUUUGCCUUAAGCAAAGAACUAAAUGGUGCCCCUCCAUUCCAUGUACCAAAGACAGCCAGAGUGAUGGUUCAAUCUUACUUCUAUUCAGGCAAUUAGGCAGCAUCCUCCAAAGCUGCCCCACUCUGUAUACUGGUAAGGCCAGCAGGACAGAGACGCUAGGACAAAGACAGCUAUUACACAAUACUAUGAAUUUCAGUGACCUAGCUUUAUUCUGGCUGUUGCAUAUUGCCUGGACAAAGUUCCUCUUCUACCUUUUUUUGUUUUUGGAAGUAAUAGCUAAAAUUAGGGUGUCUGACAUCCCAUUUGUGUUAAGGUAAAAAAAAAAGGUAAAGGACCCCUGGACGGUUAAGUGCAGUCAAAGGCGACUAUGGGGUUGUGGCGCUCAUCUCGCUUUCAGGCUGAUGGAACCGGCAUUUCCGGGUCAUGUGGUCAGCAUGACUAUACCACUACUGGCACACAGAACACCAUGAUGGAAACCAGAGUGCAUGGAAAUGCUGUUUACCUUCCUGGCGCAGCAGUACCUAUUUAUCUACUUGCAUAGGUGUGCUUUUGAACUGCUAGGUUGGCAGGAGCUAGGACAGAGCAACGGGAGCUCACUCUGUUAUGGGGAUUCGAACUGCCGACCUUCCCAUCGGCAAGCCCAAGAGUCUCAGUGGUUUAGACCACAGUGCCACUUGCGUCCCUAUAUCCCGUUUGUGUAGCAGAUGUCCAUUCACACAAAUGGUGCUUCUCCUUCCUGACUUUAUCCACAUUAGUGUUGGGGGACCCUCUGGAACAAAAUGGGGGCACAUGGGCUGCAGGGGAAGAGAGGAAGGUUGCAUCAACUUCAGUGAUGUAAGAUACAGUGGUGCCUCGCAAGACGAAAUUAAUCCGUUCCGCAAGAGUCUUCGUCUAGCGGUUUUUUCGUCUUGCGAAGCAAGCCCAUUGACGGAUUAGCGCUAUUAGCGCUAUCAGCUGUAGCGGCUAUUAAAGGCUUAAAGGCUUAGGGAUUAGCUGCUAAAAGGCUAUUAAAGGCUAUUAAAGGCUUAGCAGAUUAGAUAAAGGGGAAAAGCGAAAAAAAUCUCUAGACUCGCAAGGUAUUUUCGUCUUGCGAAGCAAGCCCAUAGGGGAAUUCGUCCUGCGAAGCAACUUCAAAACGGAAAACCCUUUCGUCUAGCGGUUUUUCCGUCUUGCGAGGCAUUCGUCUUGCGGGGCACCACUGUAUUGCCCUGGAACUUCUGAAAUUUUAACAAUGAAGGUCUCUUUUAAAAUUUGCUAGUACUGCACUAGCAGAAACACAUGAAGGUGGCAUGUGAGGCUAUGUGAAUGACUAAUUUUCUCUAUGGGAUUUGUGGUUGGUUGACAGCAAGUAACCUCAGCAACUGCAGUGGAAAACACACUGGCAUUUAUAGCCAGAGCUGCCAAAGCAAAUAGAUGGAAAAUAGAAGCUAUUGGAAAAACAAAUUAUUUGAAGCCAUAUUUUAAACGGUGCAGACUAAUUUUUCAUUUAAUUAAAUAUGAGGAAUUGCCAGGCUGGAUUUCCAAAAUGUAUCGGGUCUUGCACCAACAACACUGGCUUUCAGUUUGUUUCUAGGUACAAUGCAAGGUGCUGUUUGUUACCUCAAAAUCCCUUAGUUUUUUGUGGCCAGGGUAUCUGAAAGACUGCCUCCUCCUUGUGAACCUGCCUGUAAUGUAAGAUCAGAUUCAUAGGCCCUGAUGUAUGUCCUAUCUCUAUGAGAAGCUAGGUUUAUGGGGAAAUUGGGCAGGUCCUUUGGGCAGCAUCCCAUUAUGGAAUUCCCUCACUCGGAAAGCGAGACAAGACUAGCUUCAUCUUCAUUUAGUUUUCAGAAAGCCAUUAAAUCUUCUUAGUACCACAUGGCUUUCAGAUUAUUAUAAACAUAAUCAACUUUUCUGUUGUUUUUUAAAUGUUUGUUAUAAUACUGCUUUAAAGUUUUGAGGUAAAAGUUUAUAAAUCUAAGUCACCAUCUUCCAUAUUAAACCGCUCCUGCUUUAAAAUCAGUAGAUGAGGCCCUCCUGAUGGUUCCUUCUCAGGAUGAGGUACAUGAUGUGCCCCCCCGAAAAGGGCCUUUUCAGUGGUGACUCCUCAUAUAUGGAACUCCCUCCCUACUGUGGUAUGUCUGGCCCCAUUUCUUUAUAGUUUUAGGUGGUUAUUGAACACAAAGCUUUUUAGGCUGGUAUUUGGAGGAGGACAGACCUGAUUGCUGUUGCUGCUAUUAGUAACUGUUUUAGUGAUUUGUUAUUGUGUUUUAUGGAUUUAUAAAAUAUGCAUUUGCUCAUUGUAAACCAACUUGUGCCUUGUGCAUAGAGUGGUAUAUAAAUUAUAUUGUUUAAUUAAUUGUUGCCUUGGGGGCCCAUUUUUGCCCAAAGUGCGGUUCAUAAAUAUUUUUUACAAUAAGCUAAAAAAAUUAAAUUGGGUAUUGAUGGGGACUAGAAACAUGCCAAGUCUAAAUACGACACUGAAUUCAGUGGAAGUAUCACUGCUAUAUGCCAAGUCAUUUAAUCUUCCUUUCUCUCCUCUCUAUGAUACUUCAAAGAAAGAGGAACUGAGGUCUCCAGUCUUGAUAGCGAGCUUGUAGGAUGGCAGUUGAUGCUGGCAAGUGAUAAUAACAUGCAGUUAUAUGAUGGACUACAAUCUGAUCAAAGUGCCAUUUAUGUGAAUAAUAUAUCUUCCUGUUUCCCAUCAGUAAAAAGAAAGACGUCUUUAACCCUCAGGGUGUCUCAGUCAUAAACCAGAGAAAAGACUGCUGCUCUUUGUCAAGUAGAGUUCCAGAUAUAUUCUCCUUUAUCCUUUUUAGAAAAUUGAAACAACUAUGAGGUCCGAUUUUAGUUCUUGAUGUACCGUAUAGCUGAGCUUCAGUGCUUAAAAAGAGUAAAGUGGAAGUUUCUGCUUGUUUGAUGCAGAUAAUGCAUAUUUCUUCCGGCCUGUUUCAGUGAGGCAACGUUGGCUUUGAAACCACGUACUUUCUUAGAUCGUAAGAGCUGUGUCUGUUCUUAAGUAACAACAGUAGACACAGUUCUUAUUGGUGGAUGUGUGUUCUUAUUGGUGGAUGUCUUCACACAGAAUGAAACUGAGUGUAUGACUUUCUACGCUUCCUACUGUGGCGUGGGAGGAAAUGGAGGCAGAGACCGAAAGGUUACUUAUCACAACUCAGAAAGCAUGUACUGUGGCUGUGUACAGAAGGCAGUUGGUAGUGGAAUCAAGGCAUCUUAUAUAUAUAUAAGUUCUUCACAUCAUCUACACAGUGUUGUCCUAAUGCAAAUGACAGCCUGCCCUUCCCACCCCCGUUCAAUUUGGAUUUUCCAGAUGCAUGGAUGGUGAGGGAAUGGGUGAGUGGGGAAUAAAUCCAACCUAAAAUUGUAAGUUAGCCAACUGUGGACAUACUGGAGCACAUUGUGUGGGAGUUUUUUUAACAUGUGGUGAUGUUUUGCUGGGUGCCAUCUAUUAUGACACAUCCUGCUUCCGCUAGUCAGGUGCUCCUUUAUGGGCUGCUGGUGGAGUCCACAUGACACACAGAUUUCUUUUGUGUGGUAUUUUUGACCCACUGUUUUCUGCAAGUCUGGUAUAUAGGAAACUUGUAUCUCAGAAAACUUGGCCAUGUGCACAAGACACAGUGCAAAUACAUCCCAUCAGGUACCACACACUCAAAUGGAUGGGAAUCAUAGGGAUGCAGUUAAUUUGCUAGUGUGUUGACAAAUGUGUGCAAAAGCACAGAAGAGUCAGAUCUCUGUGACCCACAUGGUGAAGGUGUGGGAGCCACAUGGUGAACUGGUGAAGGGAAAUGCUUUGCAGUUAAACCUGAACAUGAUAGCAAGCACUUGCUUACCUAGGGAAAUUUUCUUAGCCCUGUAGGAGUGCAGGACCUUUGCAUGCAUCACAGGUGUGGGGGUAAAAUAAAGAGGGGAAGGCAUCUUCUCAUAGCACUGAGUCAGGUGAAAGGAUGGGAGAAACCUGCUGAUAAAUGAUUCAGUCUGUUCUUGUCAGGAGGACUAAAGGAUAUGUGCUCUGUUUGGGAUCUGAGAGUGCUUUCUCAGAGGUCUUUCCACUCAGUCUGUCCAUUCAGCACAUGGGGAUAUGCAGUACUAAUUUCCAACAUGAAUAUGAAUAUGAAUUUGUUUUAUUUGUGCAGAGAAUUUAUGUUGCACCCCUAUUGGUGUAACUCUCAAGGCAGCUGAAUGCAUAAUCAAAGAGAGGGCGAUAAAUUUGUUUUGAACCAGCCACCAGUGUAACAGAGGUCUCCACAUGCUCUAGAGAAAUGACAACUCAGUAACUGUGAAAGAGGGCCGGGUACAUUUCCGUUUGCUGUCACAAUGGUCAGAGUGUGAUAAAAGAGUGUGGUUUCCUCUUAAGCAUGUGAGAGCUGAUGGGAACACUGUGCUGGCAGGGACAAGCUUCUGAGUUCAGGGUUCAGCCUCUGAAGAGUAUAUACACUCUGGCAUCUUCCUCCACUUGCUCAGGCUUUCCCUAUUGCUCAGGCCUUCCCUAGACCAGUCAAGUAUGGAGGCUGACAGAGAGACACCGGUGGGGGAAACCACUGGGAAAGACAACAAAAAAGUAUGUAGUCUUUUCUUUCACUUUAGAAUGUUCUUUAGUGGCUUGUUGCAGCUCUUGCUUUUCAAUUUCCUCCCUUUCAUGUUCUGCUUCAACCUGCUGAGAUACUGAAACCUUUGGGGGUGCUUUAGAUCCCAUUCUUAAAUUUCUUAAUACAUUUCUUCUAAAGAGCUUUUUUAGAUUCACAACCAUCCGUUAGGGUAGGUUAGGCUGAGAGGCCAUGAGCUACUUAAUGAGGAUUUUCGACCUGGAUUUGUUACAUCAAGCCCAGUACUCUAGCUACUGAUUCUUACCUUGAGGUCUAGCUUUUACCCACUUUUUGCAGGGCAGGGGAUGAGAUGCCCUGGCAGUUGCAGUCUUGGAAAAGAAUAGUGUGCAGACCACAUGAGCCAGAUUGUAGAGGAACAUCUAAGGGCUUUUUGCUUCCUGAUAUUUGUCAAGUCCUUGCAUAACAUUUGGUGUAACUUGUUAAUUUUGCACGUGCAAAAUCAGCUAGCGUUAAAUACUUCCUGGUGGGUUAGUUGAUGAAGAAAUGGCCCUGACAAAUAAUAUGUCCACUGACCAUAGACAAUCAUGCCACGUUUUCUUGCAGUAGCUAUCCAGGGCUUAACAAGUAGCUAGUCUCUGUUCAUCAAGCAAUUUAUGACUUGUUGAUCUGAUCCAGUAUCCUUUCCCUCCUGUGGUCAUUUCUGAUGCCUUGCAAGAUAGGAAUUGGGAGGAGAAUACUAUUUUUUUUUUAAUGAUAUUUAUUGAGAAUUUAAAAUUACAGAAAGAGAAAGGAAAAAACAAGAAAAAAGAAAAGGAAAAAAGGUAGACAAAAAGAGAGAUUAAACAAUAUAAGUCAAUAAAAACAAAAGUCAAAAAAACAAAAACAAAGCACACAAUACAUCAGAAUCAAAAAACAAAAAUAAACAAAAAAUUUAAAAGCAAAUCCAAUAUUCCCAAAUCUUUAUCUUUCAUUAACUUGUUUCAUCGACCUCCUCACACCUCCCUUUUUUGUAUUCUAGUUAUUAAUUAUCUCAGCAAAUCCUUUCCAUCUUUCACAAUAUUCUGUCAUUAAAUUAUCUUAAUCUAUUUUAACCUUAUCUUACCAUAAAAAACCCUAAAGCUUAAAACUUAAAUCUUAUUUAUACCUAAUUUUUUUUAACAAAACAUAUUUAUACAUAAUUCUUUUUAACAUUUCUACUAAAGCCAAAUAGUUUCAUUCCAACAUUUUUCUAAUACUCAUUAAUUUUACAAUGAUUUUCUAAAUGAAUUUUUAAAACUUUCUUCCAAUCUUCAUCAGUCAUCUCUUCUUCCUGGUCUCGGGUUUUGUCAGUCCUUUCUGUCCCAUCCAUCUAGUCCAUCAACCUGGUGACCUUUUAUCUGAGGCUCUUAAGUCUUUUCCAUGUCCCUUCUGCAGGUCUUCUUCAUGUUUAUACCUGCACUUUACUUUAUCUUCUGCUGAUCUUAUUCUUAAUUUCCUUCCUUUCUCUUGGGGAAACUCCAACUUGACAAUAUCUUUGUCCCUUCUCGACAAGUCAGCCCAUUCUCCAUAGUCGACACUGAAAUCCAAAAGAUAUUUGAAGGCAUGUUUCAAAGUCCCUCCAAGGUUAAGGACCCCCACAACUCCAAACUCCCCCUGGCCCAAAGCCAGAUCCGAAAAGUCAAAACAUCCCUGCAUAGGGGGAUCUAUCCAACUUCCCAUCUCCAGACCAAACAGUACUCCAUCUCUCCAAAUCUGACUUUCUCCAGGUUCAGUCGUCAAAAACAGCAACUUAUGUUCCUGCAAGGCCGCAGCUCUCUCCAUUUCUGGUACUUGAGGUUCAGCAACUACCUCCUCGUUUAUCUUCUUCACCACUUGCUCUGUCAAAGCACAUUCCUGGAUUGAUUCCUGAGUGGUUUCUAUAUAAGUAUUCACUGUUUGUCCAAAAUUUCCAACUGCAACAGUCAUCAAAUCCAUCUUCUCAUGUAGCUGUUCCAGUAAAGCACUUGUCUUGCAAAAAGCAAGCACUAAAGCUUCUUCUGGGCACAUUCUUGUUCAAGGUCGGUGUCUAAUUCCCACGAUCUUUUAUCUCUACAGCUGUAGAAUUCCCCAGAUCGACUCCAGCAACAGUAUCACAAGCUCCCUCUAGAGGAAACAAUUUCUAUUUGUAUCCGUCUUUUUAAAAGCAGAUCUAGCAACAAAGUUCCUUUCGUUUUCCAGAUAUUUUGUUCCUUUUAAGUGCAAAAGGGAACAUUGGAAUCAAUAUGUUUCUCUUUUUUUAACUAUCUGUCAAAAACGUUUUAUCCACAGUCAAUGAACUUCCCCAAAGUGUCUGUCUCUGACACCCCGCUCCCAGGAUCAAGACGGUGGAAAUUUAUCUUUCUUUACUCUCUCUUCUGCAGGUUUAAACAGUCUAAAAAGAUUCCCCCCUCUUCUCCUGCUUCCAAGGGGGGUUUAGUGAUUUUAACUGAUGGAAAUUUAGUUCUUUACAAAUGACUUUCCAGACUCUAGCUUGCAAUGUCUUUGCUUCAAUCUAUUUACAAAAGCAGAAGGCGGACUUCCUGUUUAGACCUUCCCACUUCGGUGCCAAAUUAAAAAGUUUCUUAAUCCAAUUUUCCGUUCUACUCACGGGCAGUUGUUUAAAAUCCAAUUGUCCACAGGAAAAAGUCAGUGCUCUCCGGCAACAGCAAUGCGGCUUCACUGGGAGGAGAAUACUAUUGAUGCAAACCUGCCUUUUAAAUUCCUAAUCAGAAAACAAAGACUCAUCGGAGCAAGUCUUGUUCUUGCUGUGCUGUAAAACUCCUUUCCACUUCCUCACCCAGCCUGUACUAACUAGUUACGGCUGUGGUUAUGGCAUGGUAUGGUUCUCUUAUUUCUAAAAGAAAGAAAGCACAACUUGCGAGUCAGCAAGCAGCAACUCACAACCCUUUUUAUAGUGGUGUUUGUUUUUACAAUGUGGAAAAUGUCUGACAGGGAUCUUAAAAUAAAUAAAUCCAUAUUUUAAAAAACCAAAUGAACACUCAAACCUGGAAAAUGUAGAGAGCACACAGCAAAGCUGCUAAAAAUAACACACAUACCUCUUUGCCUCUAAGACCAGAAGCAGAAGUCAAGGCAUCAACAUCUCUAGAACCUGGGUAGGCAAACUAAGGCCCGGGGCCGGAUCCAGCCCAAUCGCCUUCUCAAUCCGGCCCACAGACGGUCUGGAAAUCAGCAUGUUUUUACAUGAGUAGAAUGUGUCCUUUUAUUUAAAAUGCAUCUCUGGGUUAUUUGUGGGGCAUAGGAAUUCGUUCAUUUUUUAUCCCCAAAAUAUAUUCCGGCCCACCAGAAGGUCUGAGGGACAAUGGAUCGGCCCCCUGCUGAAAAAGUUUGCUGACUCCUGAUCUAGAAUGUUUCGUAAUAUGUAGCAUUGUCUGAAAGCCAUUGCGGUUGACUCUCUCUUUUCUUCUUCUUUGGCUUUAUUGAAAAAAAGAUUAAUUAGGAAAGGUAUUAGAUCUUCCUAAUAAAGCAGAAUGAUAUAUAUUUUUUUAAGAAAAAAUUCUUGGUUUUGCUUAUGUAUAUGUUGCUGACUUUGAUAAUGAUUUUGUGUGUGUGUGUUCUGUGUUAGGUUUAAAGUUGUAAUAAAGUUUUAAAAAACACAUGGAAGGUCAUGAUCACUCAUGGUGGGUGGAACAUACAGGACAGAAUUAGGAAGAAACAUUGGCACAUGUCCUUGUUGCCUUCCAGGGCAGUGCUCAUGAUGGCCUGAUUUUGUGUUGAGGGGGUAUUGAUUGCAACCAACCACAAGCUGCAAAUGGGGGGUGGAUGGGUAUGCACCACAUUCUCCCCUACCCUCAGUUUUACCUGAUCUUCACCCUUCCCUGUGAAGCAUUUUUCUCCUGACUACCAGGACAACUCUAGUGAAGCUAGCAUGCUUAUGUUAGCUACAGACUACAGUGGUACCUCGGGUUACAAACCCUUCGGGUUACAGACUCUGCUAACUCAGAAGUAAUACCUUGGGUUAAGAACUUUACCUCAGGAUGAGAACAGAAAUCGCGCGCUGGCGGCAGCGGGAGGCCCCAUUAGCUAAAGUGGUACCUCAGGUUAAGAAUGGUUUCAGGUUAAGAACAGACCUCCAAAACGAAUUAAGUUCAUAACCAGAGGUACCAAUGUAUUGUGGGAGUAAUGGUGGUGUGUGGAAUUGGUUCCUUCUACUUUCCUUGCGCAGGACCAUUAUUCUAUACAUACAGUACCUGCAGUGUUAUCUGCAAACUGGGAGGGUGGGUAGCUGUUAGCUGUAGUUAGUAGUGAUGAAUUGUCAAGGCAGCCAAACCAUUUUCUUCCUGGAACACACGUUGGGAGCACUGCGUACUCUUGCUUUUCAAACCAGGUUCACAGACUUACUAGUGCAUCUUUUUAAUACUCCUCAUCAACUUGUCUGGGCUCUUAAGAAUUCACAUAUAUAAUGCCAGCAUUUAUUGCUCACUUUCUCCAGCUGGUGAUUCCUCAGGCUGAGGACAACCUCCCAGCAGUUUUCUUGUGCAGUACAUUUGCUGGGCAGACAGUCAGAAAAGCCUCAUCUUCAGUUUUCUGUCUCUUGUGUAAAGUACACAGCAGACCUAUAAAAGGAAAUCAUUUCAUUUUCAAGCUACUGUUCCCAGUCUUUUUACCAUAGUAAUUUGUCAGUAGUUAAGGUUGCUCCAGGUUUCCUUCUGUUGUGCCCAAUCCCUGUAAGAUUGCUUGCAAUAAACAUUAAUGCCAAUAACCCAUUGUGUUUAAUAAAGAAAGGGUUGUUGUAGUUUUGGUUGUUGUUUACAUUAUACUGUGAAAUCAUGUGAAUAUUACAGAGGAGUAGAGCUGUUUUUUGUAAGAAAAUGUAAACAUUUAGGGUAGUAUCCAAUGAAGUCGUUCCAUGAGUUCAAAGACUUCUCCCUGCGUAGCCCCUGGACCCUCCCCAUAGCUGCUCCAGAGGGUUGGGGGAAACCCCAUAACAGCUUAAAGGGGUGCAUAAGGAGAGGGAAGGAAAGUGCCAUUGUGCAUCCAGAAGUCUGUGUUCGAAUGGAAUUGCUUCAUUGCAUGCUGCCCUUAAUUCACGAGACAAAUAGCGGAAUUGUUACUGGCUGUUCUUUUAUUCUAAAAGUUCUUGAGAUGUAUGUCUACCUGAGAACCUAGAUGCCCUGCAGGCUUGCUCCAUAUUUUGGGAAAUGCUCUGUGUACUUGGUGUUGGGGAAAGGACUCCACUUGUACUUUAAGGCACCCACAUCUCUAUAGAAUGUUUUGUAUUUAUUUAGCAUUGUUUGAGUGUUAAAAAGGAGAGUACAGUGGUACCUCGGGUUAAGUACUUAAUUUGUUCCUAAAACUGUUCUUAACCUGAAGCACCACUUUAGCUAAUAGGGCCUCCCGCUGCCACUGCUGCGCCGCCAGAGCACAAUUUCUGUUCUCAUCCUGAAGCACUAUUUCUGGGUUAGCAGAGUCUGUAACCUGAAGCGUAUGUAACCUGAAGCGUAUGUAACCUGAGGUACCACUGUAAUUGCAUUCUGCUUUUCUUCCCCCUCUGUCUUUAUUGAAAAUAAGAUUUAUUUGGGAAGGUAGACGACUUUUAAAUAUGGCAUAAUGACUUUUUAAAAAACUUGCUUUUGCUUAUGUAUAUAUUUCUGAUUUUGAUGAUGUUUUUGUGUUAGUUUUAAAGUUACAAUGUGGUAAGCAUUUGUGGUAAUGCAUUUGCCCCAUUUUGGGACCCCUCCUGAUCCAUUCUGCUGAGUAAGACCCUGCAUUCCUGCCCCAAAGUUUUACUUUGACAGCACCACUGAUUACAGCUUGUCAAUGAAAGUCUUUUUCUUUUGUUUUCCCCAGAUGGACCUGUCUCAUAAAUUCUCUAAGAGAGAGGUAAGAAUCUAUUCAUUCCUAAUAGUAUACAAUCACAGAGCCUUGGUGGAUCAUGCCAAAGGACCACUUGUUCAGCAGCUUUAUUUCCAACAAUGGGCACCCGGGAGGCUGUGCACACACCAUGUGUUUAAAGUGCAUUACUUCCCCCAAAGAAUCCUGGCAACUGUAGUUUGUUUAAGUUGCUGGGAAUUGUAGCUCUGUGAAGUGGAAACUAGUUUCCAAGAUCCUUUGGCCGGAGGAAUGUGCUUUAAAAGUAUGGUCCAUAUGUAGAUGCCUCUGGAAAACAUUCAAAGAAGGGUUUGUAGGUGUCCUGACACCUGCUAUUCAGAGACUGUCUUGCCUGUGCUCUGAACCUAGAAGCUUCAUUUAGCCAUCACAGCUUAUAGCCAUUAACACAUAUUCCUCCAUGGAUUUGUCUAAUCCCUUUUAAGGCCAUUUAGUUCAUUGACUGCCUCCACACCCUCAGGCAAUGAAUUCCAUAAGGUAAUGAUGCAUUCUGUGAAAUAGUACUUUCCCUUUUUUGUGUGUGUGUCUGGGUUAUACAGCCAGAUUCAGUGGGUGAGCUCGAAUAUUAUGUACUGUUUUUAGAAAAAGGGACAGAUUUGUUAUCUCCAAUCAUUAUGCCUAGGUAUCUAGCUGUUGUGAAGUUGUUGUUGUUGUUGUUAAUUACCCACCCAUCACUGUAAGGCCCUCAAGCUGGUUACAACAAUUUAACAUACAGUUUAAAACAGUUUUAAAACUUACAAAAAAAAAUAAAUAGAAAAAGAUGGGUGGGUCCUAAAAAUGUAUAUCUCAAGUGUCAGAAGCAGAGAUGAAGAGGUGUAUUUCAGCAUGAAAUAAAGCGUGAAACCAGGGUGGAUUUGAUUUAAAUCAAAAGGAUUUAAAUCAGGAUUUAAAUCAGGAUUUAAAUCACUAGUCAGUAAGACUUGAUUUAAAUCACUAGUCAGUAGGACUUGAUUUAAAUCAUUUUUUUACAGAAAGACUAAUUCUUGCUGGUAUAAUCUUAAUGUUUACAACCAAAUGAAGGUUUCAUUUUUGGAAUAAUAAAUUUAGUUUUUAUUUACAGUUUUUACAGUUAUAGAAAAAAUAACUGAUUUGGUUAUACUAUUACAAAUACAUUAACAGAUAAUUAUGAAAUUAUUAUGAGGCUUAAUAAAUUAACUAUUUAUAUUUGGACAACUUUUCUACUGUACUUUAAUGGAAGGAGAAAAAUAAUCAUUUCCUUAAUAAUAAUUUAAACAAUUUAUUUAACUAAAACAAUAACAUUAUAGCAUAUGUAUCCAUGUUCGUUAACUGCUGUGGUUAAACAUUUUUUUUUUUAAAAAAAACUUAGACUGAAAAACUUAAAACCAAUCCUUAUAUCCUGAUGAAUAGCCUUUGGACUAUAAUGUAACUAAAAUAGAAAGCUAUCUUUAGAAAGAUUUUCCCUCCAAAAGCAUUUUAUUUUAAAAAUUCGAUUUAAAUAAAAAAUCCAUUUUAAAAAAAAUUAUUGAUUUUUUUAUCCACCCUGUGUGAAACACACCCACACCAUGCCAUACAGCCUGGAGCUGUUUCCUGUGCAGAGUUCCUAGUUUGUUGUGGCAGACUGUCAACUUCACUGUGUUAGGUUGGUUAGUGUGACUGUAACUCCUGAUCAUCGUUGCUGCUUUGCUCCAUCUUCCCAUCUUCUUGGCAAGCCCAGAGCUCAGGAAACAAGUCAUCCAAAGCAGCAGGGGAGCUGUCCAUCUAUAGAGACUCUCUAGCUGGACAGCUCCCAUCACAGACAACAGACAGAAGAUGAGUCACAGCAACUGCUGGGCACCAGCUGGGCAGCUUUAUAGCUGAUUCUACUUCUCCAACCCCAAACAGGAGCAGCAGCAGCAGGGCGCUGAUCCAGAGCACAUAUUGUUUCUGGCUUCCUUCUCCCUAGUAGCACCAAGAGAAGGGAGGCAUUGUGUUGUCAGAUAUAUGCUGCACUUUGCACUUUCUGGGCUGGUUCUUUACGCAGAUCUGCUGCUGUUUCUGCUCCUGGGGGAUUUUGAGGAUCUAGCAUUGGAGAGUAGGGCCAGUCAUGGUGUAUUAGGUUCUUUCUGACUGGGGCAGCUUUCUGGGUGAUGAUCUCGAUAGGUGCUAGGGGCACCAUUGGAAUCUCCCUCCUCCAAGGUCCUGUUGGCAUCAGUCUGCCUUGAGACACAAUAGGCGUGCCUCUAGAGCUGAAGUCAAAGUGCUGUGUUAGUCUAAAAGGAAGGGAGUUGGUCAUGGCAGGUUGGAAGGGGGUUCUGCCAUGUGAUAAUUGGUUUGAAUCAGAUGGCCUUGUGGCUACUUCCACUUCUCUGGUUCUACAUCAUGAAAUCCAGCCCUGAGAUAUGUUAAAAUGGAUUAUUAGUAUGAAAAACCCUUCCCUUAUGAACAACAACCUUAUUCUGUUCAAGGUUCCCUUUGGUUAACCAAUCCACAAUAAAGUAAGAAUGCAGGGACAGUAACCCAGAAGACUUUGGCUUUGUUUUGAUCUGUUUCUAAUGUGCUGUUGCAGCGCACCCUGCUAUAUGAAGAGGUCCUCUACACCAUUCUCCAUCGCUUGGGCAAACCAGAACUUAGCCAUGUUGCUGAUCCAGAAGAGCUGUACACAUAUGUGCAGAAGGUCAGAUGAAAGCCAAGUCCAUCUUGUCUCAUUAAUAUCCAGCCUAAAGUCUGGCAUCCAUCUCUGUUUGGGGUUGUGUUCUUGCCUUGCCCAUUUAUUUUCCUCCCACUGCAAGAAAUGACUGUCUCAGUUUUGUUAAUAUCCCUACCACCAUCACACCCACAAGACAUCCCAAAUGACAUCUUGAGGAAAGUGCUUAUUCUCUGCUAUAUGGAGUCCAUUUGUCAGAGAAGAACUGCAGGCAAGUAAUGGUGACAGUAGAAGCCAACAGACAAAACUUUACUUGCUAGGCUUCAUUCCUUAAGAAGGCCUGAUGUUUGAGAGGCCACCUGAAAUUGCCUUUUUCAGAAAGCUAGUGGCUAGGCUUAGGAUGUUCUGCGGUAGAUAAUUUUGGUACAACUUGCCUUAGAAAAUAAACAGUGGAAAAAUGUUCUGUCUGCACCAUAUUCUGUGUCCUGUCCCAGCCCGCAUUAAUAUUUAUUUAAAGUUGGUGCCACGUGAAAGAUGUACUAACCUUUCCUCAGCAUCCCUUUUCUAUAUCUGGGUAUUAUUGCCUCUUCCACCAUCAGGGUUCCUUUCUCCUCUCUUCCUUUUAAUUUCAUAAUUUGACAUUGUGGAUACCCAUCCCUUUUCAAGGUGGCUUGCACAAUUCCUUGCUACUUCCCACUCCCACAGAGAGUUAUGGUCCCCCUUAUGUUUUGCAAUAAAGGUGAUAUUCAAACAAGCAAUUGGUCUCUACUGGGAUGAGUGUCUGUUUGGGCACAGAAUUGAUGCUGUUUGAAAGACAGCCUGUAAAGCUGACCCAAAUAGCCUGCUGAUCCAAUGAUCAGGAAAGAUGUACGUAAGGAGAAUGUGCAAGCAGCUAUCCUGAGACAUCAAGAGACAAUGAAAACUGAAGCCCUAAGAACUGUAACAAAUUGUUCUUCUUUUAAGCCAAGCAUGGGGAACCUGUUGCCCUCCAGUUAUUGUUGGGACUCUAGUUCCUAUCAGCUCCUGCCAGCAUCGCCAGUUGUCAGGGGUGAUGGGAAUUGUAGUCUGGAGAGCUAUCAGUUCCUCAGCUCUAUUUUAUGUGUAGGUAAUCUAAAAUAAUCUGUGUCAAGGCUAUAAGGGAUUACUCUUAGCAUGCCUGCUCGAUGCUGUUUCCCUUCACUGAGCUCAAGGUGAUGGAACUUGCCCCACUUCAUGCAGUAUUAUAAAAACAAGUAGGUCUCUAAUUGUUUCUUUUCCAAUAUCUCAACCAGGCCUUCAAUAUGGAUCCAGAAGAGCAUAAUAUUCUACUACAGAGGGUCAAAGAGCUAGAGGUAAAGUCUAAGGGGAGGGGAACUCAGACCUUCUCUUUAUCUGGGCCUCAUAACUCUCUCCAGACCCCACCUUCUCCCUAGCCAUGCCCCUCACCAGCUCUGCUUCACACACACCAUGAGUGUUUUUCCUAACUGCUUGCACUUGCUUGUUCUCUGGCAGAAUGACAAACAUGGCACAGGUGUUACAGGUCACUGCAGCAGCUCCCUUGCUCCCCCAUUCUCUGGUCCUAUGCACACCAAGAGACAGAACUCUGGGCCUUCCCCUUAAACUACCCCACUAAAUGCCCUUGCAAAUGCCCCUGUUUGUGAGGUCUGGUUGUAAGCUCCCAGGAUCUGCAAUGAGCGAAGUUUGACUGCUGCUGGUUGCUAACUCCUCCCUCAGCCUGGCUUCCUCUCAGUUGUAACUCCUCCCCCUCAGAUCCUGUGUUCCCACAGAGCCAUCAGCCACACACACACCCCCCUCAGCCUCCAAAAGCUCACUCUUCAGUCUCCUCCAGCAAUCCUUGUUCCUGUUUGCGAGGUCUGUUCGCAAACUCCCAGGAUCUGCUCUGUGGAUCUGUUCUGUGCUCUUUUUGAAGGAUUGAAUGACUCACAAGUUAAAUGUAUUCUUUCUAUUUCUUCUUCAGAAACCAAUUUUUUGUCUUAAAGCAACUGUGAAGCAAGCCAGGGGCAUUCUGGGUAAAGAUGUCAGUGGUGAGUGGACAACUCAAAGGGACUUUUGAACCUAAAAAUAUGGUUCCUCCUUCAGCUCAGGAUGGGCUUCUCCCUGUAAAACACUGAGAACAUGAGGACAUUUUCCAACUCCCAUCCUGCUGGUGGUGAUGGGGCCUUAACAUAUAAAUCCCUGUACGUUUCAAUCCCUGUACGUUUCAAUAGCUACUUCUGUGCUUGCAGGAUUCAGCGACCCAUACUGCCUCCUAGGGAUAGAAGAGAAAACUCGGGACUCUUCCACCAGUGGUGGCUCCCGUCAAGAGAACAAAAAGCGAUCAAAGGCUGUGGUGAAGAAUCUGCUCCCUGAAGACCAGACUCACCGCACCCAAAUCAUCAGUCAGACUCUAAAUCCUGUGUGGAAUGAAACCUUUAUCCUGUACGUCUUGCUUCCUUAAGAGUGUGUGUUUUGCUUCUGACAAUUUGGGGUGCUUCCUCUUCCCAGUCCUUGCAGGAACCACAGGCAAGAACCAGAUCUCCAAAUCUGCCUCUUCUGUGUAUGUAAGCAUCGCCCAUGAAAGUAGUAAGGGGGUUGGCAGCUGGCGAAAGGAGUAGUUAUGCAGGUUAUCCUUAUUGGAGAAGUGAUUCUCUAGUAGUUUGACGUUUUGCAGCAUGGUUUCAGACCACUGCCAUGAGAUCCAGACUAAUAUUCAGUAGGGUGGCAAACCCAGAGAAAGUGGUUUGUUGCCCUGUGAGAAGAUCUGCUGCUGUUUGGGUUGAGGGUGACUCAGAUAGAUGAAUAUAUAUAGCUGUCUGAAAAUCCAGGACAAUUCUAAAAAUAAUGCCUAUAAUCAGCUGGUUGUCAUAAUGAGGUAGGCUUGUUUACAUAUGGCUGUUAUGGGGGUUGUUUUGCUUUCAUGGUGUAAUGUAUUUAUAUUCAUGUUUUCAAAUGUGUUAUGUAGGUUUGCAUGGGGACUUUCAGGUAGCAAGUGGCUAACAAGCCUAAGAUAUAAAUAAAUCCUUAUGCAUAGUGUGCCCUUCGCCAUAUGUUCACAAGGCAGAAAUGCAUCAUGUAAAAAUAGUAAAAUAAACAGUGAACGCUAUAAAAUGUCAAAAGAAUAAAACAAAACAUCAGCGGGGUAUAAAAGCAGGUGAUUAAAAUUAUCAGGGUGGUUCCCAACAUCAGCAGUUUCCAAAGUUCUGGGGAAGGAGGUACCUCUUUAGUUUCUGGUGGAAAAUUAGCAAUGCAUAAACAGCAACAAGACCGAAAAUAUGAAAGUAGUGCUGUAUUGCACUCUCUAAGAGCACAUAAAUCAAAAUAUAAAUAAAGUUACAUAUUGCACUGUGUUGCUUAAUUGUAUCAGAAGGCAGAACCCUGGUUGAAAGUUCGCUUUGACUAAAUCGAUGUUUCCCAAACUUAGGUCUCCAGCUGUUUUUGGACCACAACUCCCAUCAUCCCUAGCUAGCAGGACCAGUGGUCAGGAACUGAUAGGAACUAUAGUCCCAAAACAGCUAGAAACCUAGGUUAGAGAAACACUGGACUUAAAUGGUCCUUUUACAUCCCAUCUAUUUAAUUAUCUGGCAUCCCUGGGAAGAGUGACAAUACCACAUUCUCCAGAAGGAAACGUACCCAAGUCCUUCAUUUGCAUUACUGGCUGAUAGAAGCUCUUUUGCCUGUGCAGCUGCUUAUUCUUUGGUAUAUUGUUAGCUGUAAUCAUAGUUUGCUUUAAUUGCAACAUUAUUUAUUUUUGGUUAUAUAUGGGCCACUUUUCAGUUUCUUGGAGGAAAGGUGAGAUAAAAAUGGAGUGAAUUUUCAACUGCAUAUUCAUUGCAUUAAUAAAAUGUUCCAAUUUUACCUUCUAGGGAGUUUAAAGAUAUAGAGAAUGCCUGGUUACAUCUAGACAUGUGGUAAGUAGGGUUGGGUGUUAUUCCUCACAGCACUUGUACCCUUUGUGACAUUUGAAUUGUAUGGCUUCAAAGAUCUCUGUGGAGUUGGUCAGGCCUAACAUUGCACCCUCACAGAAAUAUACCACUCUGCUAAUGUCAGUCCAUCUGUCCAGAAUACUAAAUUGUCUUUUGGCUGACACUCUUCUCAUUUUGUUUCCAUCUCUUUCUCUGUUUCGCUUGUACAUCUUUAAAUCUGUUUCUUGUAGGGACUCGGAUGAUGAUGUCGAAACUGUGCGCCACAAACUGGGAGAGUUGACAGACCUCCAUGGCCUGAAGAGGUUUGUACUAACCAUGGGCCAUUUCACGUUAAUGUAGGGUCAUCCAGAGAGGCUAUUGGACAAGCAAGAAAAGGCAUUUAAAGAACAAAAUGGAACAAUAUUCUGUGCUCUUCUGUACAAGAGAAGUCUCCCCUUGCCAUUUCACCCUCUCUGGUUUGCUUUUUCCUCUCCAGGAUUUUUAAGGAAGCUCGCAAGGACAAAGGGCAGGAUGACUUUCUGGGGAAUGUGGUACUUCGCCUGCAGGUGAGGAAGGGAAGAGCGAAUUUUCAUGGCAAUGUUUUACCUGUUGGCAUCCUGGUCUUCCUUGAGCCAUGGUUAAUCCUCACAAAUAAUUCACAUGUCAUAAAGUGGUUAACCAAAACUUUGAGUUAGGGAGGUGGGAUUCUCUAUGUGUCUCCUGCAAAUGCGCAUGUGAGAUUGUUUGGCAUGUGGCUCCCAGAGGGUUGGUUAAGGAUAAGUGUGGCUGUCAAUCAAAGAAGUUUAAUUAUCCCUGCUUUAGAUAAAGAAAGCCGUCUUGGUUCAUUAUUAUUUUUUAAAUCCAGUGUGGUCCAGGGAAGAUGGGACCUGUGUGGCAGCUGGCAUGGUAUGUGCCACUAAAAGAGAUCCAGAUUCCAGAGUUGGUCUUUGUUGUCACUCCAACCUCACUGAUUGGAGGGAGCAGGUUCAAAUCUGUAAUUUACCAAACUGUAACCAUAGCAACAAAUUGAUUAAACGCUGCGGUCAUGUUGAAAAUGCGUGUUCUGCAAUCAGAAUUGCUUUGUUGUGUUUUUCAAAAAAUACAUUUAUUUAAUUUUUCACAAUGUAUCAAAGGCUAUAAUCCAAACCCCCUCUGUUUUGGGCAUGGGGCGUAUGUGUUGGCUUCUGCCCACAGAGUGACAGCUCCCUGUUUCACCCACCCAACGCGUGGGUAGAAGUGCCACUGGCAGGGUCCCUGCCACAACAUCCUGCAGCAAGCCCUGAAAUGGAGGAUAGUUGAGCCAGUCUGAGAUCUGCUGGAUCCUGAGCUGAGCCUAUUUCUCUCCCGUGAGGGCAUUGUGCCCAAUCUUGGCCCAAUCCCUCUGCCAAUUUCAGGCUGGUGCAGCAGCCAUUUACCAGGGUUUGGAUGGCAGCCUAACACAAUUCAGUGGUGAUGCCUCUAAUUCACCUGCCAGAACUAUCCUAACCUCUCUUUUCAUCAUCUGCUUUCUCUCUUUGUUUGGACAGGACCUGCACAGCAGAGACGACCGCUGGUGCAGGCUGGAACCUCGCACAGAAACCUACCCCAACCGAGGACAUUGCCACCUGCAGUUCCUUUUUAUGCAUAAGAGGGUAAGGGAGUGGCACCUUACCCUUUAGAGGGUGAUAUGAAGCCAGCUGGGGAGGGGACUCUGAACUAUGUGCUAUGGUCUUCAAUGGUUAGGUUGGCAUGGCAUCAAAGUGCAAGGCUUUUUCUCCUGUGUUGUCACCUCCUGCUGGAGGUUUGCUUGACCCAGUCUUUGGUUACCUUCCCAAAGGCGGUAAAGACUUUACCCUUUCAAAUGACAUUCAGAUGUUCUGAAACUGUGUUGUUUUGCUGCUAUGGCUUAUUAUAGCUCUAUUGGGAAUUGGUCUUUUACUAGUAUGGGCAUUGUCUCAUAUAUUUCUACCCUGCCUUGGUUAUACGUCUCGGAGGAAGGUAAAUGAGAUAUAAGAGACACUUUGUCAAGUGUUCUAAUAUGGGUCAAUGUUAGAUCAGCAAUCCCCAGUAUUGUGGGAGAGUGUGUGUGCAACUGAGCCAGCUCUGUCGUUAGGCAGAGUAAGGUGCCUGCCUCAGGCAGCUGAUUUUUGAUGUCAUGAAAGGACAGCAAAUGCUUAUUUAUUGAAUUUAGUAAUGUAUUUUUUUACUGCCCUCUGUGAGGGGAAAACUACAGUUCCUAGGAUUAUUUUGGGGAAGCCGUGUGCUUUAAACAUAAUGCUUGCCUGGAGGAACAAUCUUCCCCCACCGUGUGCUGUUUCAGGGGUUAUUCUGAACCCCUUCCAGUCAAUUGAGGAAGGCAGAAGGCAUGUAGGAUGGAGGAGAGGAGGGAAGCCCUCAUUUCACUAGCAGAAGUCUUUGUGUGGGCUUCCACUGGUGGGGCCUAGUUAGCUGAUUCCAGUCUGUGGUACAUAUGCAGAGAACACCCUCUUCUAGUGCUUUCUAAAAGCUGGAUGCCUGACAUUGUUUUGUUUCUAGAGAGCCACCUCAGCCAGCAAGACACAACCGAGCUAUACAGUCCACCGGCACCUUCUUCAGCAGAUGGUUUCUUAUGAGCUUCUUCAGCACCAGGUAAAUGAUGGACUUGACUUGGUUACUCCCUGUUUCCUUCCAUCUAGUUCAAUAAUCUAAUCUAGGUAAGUGGCGCUAAAUGGAAACUGAGCCUCAGCAGAAAGAAGCACAAAGCAAGAAUCUCACAGAGCAACUGGUUGCUAGAGCUUCUCAAAGCAGUCAUAAUGUCAACAUGACUGCUACAGUCUCCUUCCUUUCCCUUGCAGGUGGGCAGCACUUCCUGGAAUGGGGAGUUGAGCAAACAUGCCAGUACAAUCUUGUAUCUGCAUGCUACACAAAAAGAUAUUUCAGACUUCCACCAGGUUAUGGCGUGAGUAUCUCCUGCACUCCUCCACCCGAGGCAGCAGCAUAUUGCCAUGUGGAAGUUACUUCAGCAAUCAAAUGGCAUUAGGAGUUAGGACUGUCAUUAUUUUCGGGUGGGAUUCAAUCGCAUUCCAGCAAAUUCGGGUUAUAGCUGGUUGGGAGGUCUUGCUUAGUAAGUCUGCUUCCCCCAGAAGAUUGGAUUUUUCCCCCCUGAUGUGAACCAAGUUCACGAAGGAAAUGCACUGGAGGGUGUGGGAUAACACUGGCUUUGAUGCAACCUCAUCUAACCUCCUCACAGACAAACCAGAAGAAAUGCUCAUUAAGUAGGCAAUGUCCUCUAAUCUCUCUGCAAACAAAUUGAGAUGGAUGCUCAAUAAAAGAAGUCAUCUAGUAGUGCCUUUAGUCACAGAUGCCUUCUGCUGAUUCCUCUGUCAGUCCUAGAAUCCCAUUCAUGAGUUUGAUUCAUUUCCAUAUACUAUGCACGCAUUGUGACCCCACCCCUCCUUGAAUAGACCUUUCCAGAGAUAUUUACUAUUGACAGAAGAGCUGUCUCCUCUCCCAUCACUUAGCAGUCUCAAAUAACCAGUUUCAGUUUCUUCAACCUGGAGGUGGCACAGUGGGUCAGUGCUUGUGGCUGUCAACCAGAAGGUUGAUGGUUCAAGUCCACUCAGGGACAGCUAUGGACAGGGUUCCUGCAUUGCAGGGGGUUGGACUAGAUGACCCCCAGGAUCCCUUCCAACUCUAUGAUAAUUCUACAAAAAUCUAAAUUCCACCCCCGAGAGACAUUAAGAAAACCAAUCCCCCGUUUUCUGCAAAGAGACGUAACCUGCAUAAUUGCAUCCUGGCUAAGGAAUGUGAUCAUUUUUUUAAAAAAAGGCGGAAUCUGCAGUUCUUUGUUGGGUUGAUUUUUUAUAUUCCUAUUCCUUUUGAAGUGACUAUUGCUCCUUCCCACUAAUUUUGUGGGACAUUUAUCCUCAUCGUUUCAGUGCUUAUUGUGUGACUUCUCCCUCCUUGACACAGGCACUGGCUGGCUUACAGCAAGCUCUACCAGAACUUGGAGUUUGACAGCAGCUGCCUGCUCCACCAGAUCACCAGCAUAGAGUACCAGUGGGUGGAAGGUCGAUUAAGACAGGAGCAGGUAAGAAAGAGACCUGGAAUUACAAGCGCUCGUAGAGUAGAAUAUGCCCGUCCAGCCGGAGACAGCCUUUGAACCAUGUUUAACCUAAAAGGAGUUCCUGCUAAGUCCCCCAUGUGGACUGAUGCUGCAACACUUAUGUACAUGAAUACUUAAGCAUGCAAAAAUGGCCACUACAGUCAUACCUCAUGUUACGCUUGCUUCAGGUUGAGCGUUUUCAGGUUGUGUCCCGUGGUGACCCGGAAGUACCGGAAAGGAUUACUUCUGGGUUUCGCCUCUCGUGGAUGCGCAAAAUGAUGUCAUGCGCAGAAGCGGUGAAUCAUGACCCGCACAUGCACAGACGCGGGUUGCAUUCUGCUCAUGUUGUGAACGGGCCUGCGGAACGGAUCCCGUUCGCAACCAGAGGUACCACUGUACUCGGCACCUCUCAGUGCUGUGGUUGCCCUUUACCAGGUUUUUCUACUUUCUUGUGUCUUUUGGUUCUGCUUUUGGGUCAUUUUGGAAGAUCUGUAUGACUCUCGUUACCGACAGAGGAGGAGGAAGGGUUGGGGGUGAAACCGGCUUUGAGGUGUAAACUGCUUUGAGGUUUUGUGAGCUGCUUUGAGGAGUUUUAAAUGUCUGACAUUUUAAUAUGUUUUUAUAUUUUUUGUGGAAGCCACACAGAGUUGAUGGGUGGGGUGUAAAUAAUAACAUUAUUUAAAUUAGUCAAUCCUGAGUGCUUUCUUUUCUCAACACAGCCUUUGAUCCUUCUUGGGUGACUGAGGGGGUGGGUCACUUCUCUCAAAAGGUACUUCUCACUAGGUCUGAUAUAUAUAUAUAUAUAUAUAUAUAUAUAUAUAUAUACACACACACACACAAAUGAAUAAAUAUUUGUUGCUUUCCUCAGAAUGUAGAACUAGCCGACUCCUUUCAGUCCUUGCUGUCUUAUGGGAUUUCUCUCAUCCGGAAGUACCAGAUUGUCUUUCCACUUUCUGCUCCUAAUUCUACAAAGAAGCUACAAUCCCUGCUCAGGUGAGCUGUCACAAAGCUUCCCUAUGAAAAGGGACCACAAUCAGCCCUCCCCACACCUUGGCUUAGGAGAAAAGAGGCAGAGCUGUGUAUCAUAUCUGCAUACUGAUGACACGUCAGUCCAAGCCUACAGAGGAUUUCUCCUUUUGCAUUUGUAUAGAUGCUAAAAACCUUGAGGGAUAAGAUAGAACACUGAAGGACCAAAAGGAUGGAGUGUAACAGAUUACCCAGUGUCAUCUUCUGGAAUCGCCCUUCCAGAAGCGACCAGCACCACUGUAACCCCAUUCGUCAAACUCCCAACCAAAGGUGGUCUUGAAGGGUACUAGGGUUGAUGGUGUGGAAAGCCAUUAAGAGCCUUGCUAGAAGAGAGAUUGCAACUCAUGUGUGAUAAUAAUAAUAAAUUUUUAUUUGUAUCCCGUCCUCCCCUGCCAAAGCCGGGCUCAGAGUAGCUAACAAGUAAAAAUAGCACAAUGUACAUAAAACCACAUAGUCAAUGAAUUAAAAUACAUUCUAAAAUCAAUUCAGAAUCAAAUUAAUGCAACCAUUGGGUUAGAGUUCUAUGAGGAUUACAGAAGAAGAGAGGAUGUCAGACUGUGCCUUGGCCAAAGGCCUGGCGGAACAACUCCAUCUUGCAGGCCCUGCAAAAAAAUGUCAAGUCCCGCAGGGCCCUAGUCUCUUCUGACAGAGCGUUCCACCAGAUUGGAGCCACAGCGGAAAAAGCCCUGGCUCUGGUUGAGGCAGCCUAACCUCCCUGUGGCCCAGGAUCUCCAAGAUGUUUUUAUUUGAAGACUGUAAGGUCCUCUGUGGGACAUACCAGGAGAGGCGGUCCCGUAGGUACGAGGGUCCUAGGCUGUAGGAAAAUAAACCCCAAACCUUUAUUCAAAUAGCAUUAAACUUCAUCAAUGCUUUUUUUCAUUGCCACACAGACUCUUGGUGCAGAUGUGUAAAAUGAAAGCCUUCAGAGAACUUUGUACAGAGACCCCCGACCUUCAGGAAAUGGUGACAGAGGCACUCAAGGUACAUGGCCACUGGGCCUUUCCCCCCAAGCUCGCAUUGAGAUAUUGAGGGCUUCUAUAUUCCUUCCUUCAGUGUGGAGCUGGAGCUGGAAAAUGGUUAGUCUAAUCCUGUUUUCCAAAACUGACCAGCAGUGCUGGGCUUUGGGUUGUCUGUGACUGCCACUCUAGAGAAAUCCAUGCUUCAACUUUUCUUCAGAAAGUCUGUUGAGCAAGUAGCAUUUCCUAGAAGGCUCAAAAGAUCAGUCUAUGAUCCCAGAAACCUUCUCCCUGUCUUGUGUGAUCUUUGAGUAUCUGGCACAGUGUAGCUUCCAACCAUGGCCCCAGAUAAUACAUUGUUCAGAUGUGACUAAUCCCUGACUUCACAUCUGAAUGUGGACUUUUAAUGGGCUUGGAAGCAUGUGGUGGAAUGUGACUGUAGUACUCUUCAUUCCUUGUCCUGUUUUCUCAGACUGGAACAGCAGAGUGGUUUCAGAUGAAGAAGCAACACCUGAAGCCAAUGGUAAAGGUAAGUGUGUGUGUGUGUGUGUGUGUGUGUGUGUGUGUGUUUUAGUUGGACAGAGCUUACACUGAGAGCAUGUUGCUGGGUUGUUGAAGUCUGCAUCUCAUAGAUUCUGGGAUGGAUGAAAGUAGGCAAUGCUUCACACAUUGCAUUUCUUGUCCAUAUGGAUAGACCCUGGAUAGAACCAAAUGAGCACUCAUUUGUAGUUAAACGUAACCCAGGCAAUUUCAGAUAAGGCCACCAGCGCCUUCCUUAAUCAUUAGCUGGCAAGUGGCAGAGGUGAAAUGGGGGGUGGGGAGAUGUUGGUGAUAUGGCAUACUGGCACUUACCGCCUCAAAAAAAGCACUGCCUGUUCCCUUCUCCAUUCCUUUUGCAGACUAUGGAGGAGUGCGGGAAGGCCCUGGUCACUCUUCUUCUGGAGGUGAAUGCAGAUCUCCAGCGGAGCCACAAAACCUAUAACAAAUAUUUCACCAAGUAAGUCUCUGGAAGACAUUUUUAUGUUCCCUGUUCGGUCUCUCCGCUCAAGAAAUAUGUCCCAAAAUCUUUACUCAGCAACAGAAGGUCCAAGCGGUUGAGACCAAGCAUAGCAGAAUCUUACCCUAAUGUUAUAGUUGCCCGUUCUUCCCAGGAGAAUUAACUGUUGUUUAUUUUAAAUAUUACUUUACUUAAAUACACACACACACACACACACACACACACACACACACACUUAUGUAUGCAUGUAUCGCCUGACUAGUUAUCAUGAAGUCAGAAAGAAAAGUUUUACCGUCAAAUUUAAAUCUGGUUAGGCAUUCAAAUUGACUUAUUUUGUACCACUCCCCGGCCUAGAAAUUUAAUCUUUUGAUGUUGUUUAAAUCUCUCACAUCUGCAAUUCCUCAGAGAUUUCUGACAUUUUUAGCUACUGUUUUUGGAAACUUUUGAGGACAGGGCCUCUCCUUAUCCUUCCUCAAAAUGGACACAGGAACUUAAGAAGAGCCUCCUGGUCAGGCCCAUGCCCCAUAAAGUCCAGCAUCCUGUUUCCACAGCAGCCAAGCAGAUGCCUAUAGGAAACACACAAGCAGGACCCCCGAGCACAAGAACCCUUUCCCAGUUUCCAGCAACUGUUGGCAACUCUCAGCAUGAAUUACUCUGUGUAACCUGCUUGCCUUUUGGUUGACAGUUCUGGGGGCCCAGCUUGAUUGGUACUGAAAGGGGCUGGAUCUGGCUCUGGGCCUCUAGCUGCAGGUUCCUUAUUACCGGGCCUGAAAGGAUUCAGUAAUACAGUGUCUUGGCACAUUUUUGACCACCUGUUUUUUCCUCCUCCUCCUCCUCCUGUGUAGCACUGUCAGAGUGGACCUCUUCUCAAUUGCGUAUCUUGAAAUGCAGGCGCAGGUGAGUAGCUGCUUUGUGGGUCAGCUGCAAAGAGGACUCCAGUUCUUUUAUGUGCCACAGCAGUGGUGGAAGUGACUGGGGAGAGGAUGAAGCAGUGGCUGCCUCAAUUUUUAUUUUUAUUUUUUGUCAUAAGCAAGAACUCUGGGCUUUGUCUGCUAGUUCCAGUGGGUGGUGAGAUUCACCUGAGUCUUAUUCACGAUGAAGCUUCACUUGCCCUGAACCAGCUAUGUUCAUGUUUCAUCUCAGGACUGGUUCACAGGUCCAUUUCAUCUUGGUUUUGAAUCAGUGUGUGUGCCAACCAUCCCUGUGAGUACAUGCAGUCCAGCUCAGGUGCUAAGAGACCUUGCAUGUUUUUGGUGUGAGUUUCUGGGCAUAGCUUCUCUUGAGUGUUUUGAUGUUGUAGAUGCUCUGGGAACAUAUUUACACCAUCAGUCAUUACACACUGAUUCAAAAUGGGGUGGGGUGUUUUUUUUCCCAGGGUGUUUUUUUUAAUGUAAACCCUUUUUUUGCAAAUAAGCCCUGAGAUAGGUCAUGUGGCAGAUCCAUUCAGGAUUAAUGUGCCACAAAUGUGUGCAAUCCUUCAGGUUCUUCUCUAGAUGGAAAUCCUCUGUGGUUAUCCUUUCACUUCAUGUGCCUAUUGAAGGUUUAGGGCGUUGGGUGGAGUGCCCUGGUUAGCCUAUGAAAGAGCCUUUUUGCAUGUUUGGGACAAUGGCAUCAAUUAAAAAAGAAGGCAUACAUACAUCCUCUUUGUAGACUGAGAACCCUAGCCAUUAUGGACCCAAUUUUCUGCAUCGUAGAGGUUGGAAAAUGUGGGGAGAGAAACACUGGCCCCAGUAUGACUCCGUCCUUGCCACCCUCACUUACCUGGCAGUGACGGCCUUAAUUCCCAGGCAGCUGAUGGGUGGUGGAGGAGCAACAGCUACAAUAAUAGCAAACCAUGCAGGGCUUGCAUCUGAGCAGGAUGCAUAUUGUGACAGUCCUGACCAAGCUUCCUCAACCUCGGCCCUCCAGAUGUUUUGAGACUACAGUUCCCAUCAUCCCUGACCGCUGGUCCUGCUAGCUAGGGACCAUGGGAGUUGUAGGCCAAAAACAUCUGGAGGGCCGAGUUUGAGGAAGCCUGGUCCUGACCGUGCUCCUUAGGGCUGGGAUUUUCCAGUAUCUAGUGACCAGUUUUGUUGUAGGCCAGCUGAAUUUUUAAAAUAAUAGUUUUCAAAGGCUACCCAAAGCACAGCUUAUCAAAUGAGUCUUCCCUGAGUCAAUAGGAAUGGCUGUUUGCCCUCUGGAUUACAGGGCCUGCUGCAUGCUCACCGGUUCUCAUUGGCCCACUCUAGUUUUUGUUGCCAUUCUAGGUUUCCCAUUAUGUCAAGGAGCAGCUGAGAAAGAUUGACAGUGGCAUGUCCCAGCUCACAGCAGAGAGUCUUUUCCAGCUCUAUCUCAGCCUGCAAGAACUAUAUCGCAUGAAGGACCUUGUGUGCAACAGGUGCUGACCUCUUUGAAGGUCAAAGCUUUUGCUUUCAGCCUUGGGUCUGUUCUUAUGGCCACCACAUGGAGGCUCCUUAUCCAUUUCACUAGAGUGUGGCCAUUUCUGAGUGUGUGUGUGUGUGUGUGUGCAUUCUUGUGUGCUUAUAGUGUUAUGAGUUUGGGGCGGGAGCAGGCUGCAUGUGAGGUCGUCCCAACCCCUGAAUCCAGCAAGUGUUUUAAAAAAAAUAAGCCAGGCUAUCUUACUGUGUGGGCCGCGGGUUGCACUGUUGGUUAAACCACAGAGCCUAGGACUUGCCAAUCAGAAGGUUGGCGGUUCGAAUCCGCACAACAGGGUGAGCUCCCGUUGCUCUGUCCCAGCUCCUGCCAACCUAGCAGUUCGAAAGCACGUCAAAGUGCAAGUAAAUAAAUAGGUACCAUUCCGGCGGGAAGGUAAAUGGUGUUUCCGUGUGCUGCUCUGGUUCACCAGAAGCGGCUUAGUCAUGCUGGCCACAUGACCCAGAAGCUGUACGCCGGCUCCCUGGCCAAUAAAGCAAGAUGAGCGCCGCAACCCCAGAGUCGGUCACAACUGGACCUAAUGGUCAGGGGUCCCUUUACCUUUACCUUAUCUUACUGUGUGUUGAAGUGAUUGCCUGGGUGAUGGGCCAUUAAAGGAAACAAAGGAAAGGGGGCUCUAUGUGAGAUAGCAAAAUAGCAAAUGGGUGGGGCUCCUCCCUCCUCCCUCCCUCAACUCAGAGAUAGUUAGAAGGACAAAGCCUGAGUUUAGAGUUGAAAGUGGCAGUGAUGUAACCUAGAAGUAAAGCAAACAGCUGGAGAGGGAGUUAGAGCAGCACCCUGAGAGCAGUGUUUGAUAUCUGUUUGAAUCCAAGGCUUGUAGCUAUUGGGAGAAACAAGAUCCUUUUGGGGCAUUAAUGCUGCAACCCCCUCCAUCAUAGGCUCGGGUUGUAUAUAUGUGCAAAUAAACCAUAGAUCAUAAAGACACCAGUCUCCGCUGUGCCUCAUCAACAUGAUGGUAUUGCAGCAGUAAAGCUGCCAGUACAUUUGCAAAGCUAUGCAGGGUCCAGUAUGGUUUCAAAACGAAACACGAACACUGCAACCUCUGGAAUCCUGCACCGCUUGGAGAUUGGAAGUGGUGUGUAACAAUGCACAAGGAAGGGCCUGUUGGGACAGACUUGCUAUUGUUGCCCCUGACCGGGAUGACUAAUCCGUGGAGCAAAUUCAGGCAGAAAUUUAGCACAAGUUAGAUGACUUUGUUUCAGUUACUGAAUCUGCCAGGUUAAGUAGGUUCUGGUUUUGUAUCUUUUCUUUCCAGGGAAGGUCCUCUUGAACUGACAAACUACCACCAGUGGUUCAAGGAAGCCAUCCCCAAGUGGCUUCAGAAGGCAUACACCAUAGCCUUAGAAAGGACUCAGAGAGCUAUCCAGGUAGACCAGGUAAUGAAUGGAUCCCCAUCCACAGAAGGGUCAAUUAUUAUUGCUUUCAGCCUUAUGGCAUUCACAUAAACAGGUGACUUUUGCCAAUAGAAAUGGUGACCGUUCUGGUGAGAUGCAACGCGGGAUUAAAUCCCAAAAAGAACAAUGUGUGCAAAAUCAUCAUCAUCAUUAUUAGGUUGAAGACACAUUUAAGCAGUGCUUUUUUUCCUUAAAAAAAAUGAGAGAGGUACUCUCAUUUUCCUACUCAUGUUGAAAUACUACCUCUCAAUGAGGCCAAACUUAGAUUCACAAAAUGUUUAGGGAUAUGCAUACCCCUGCGCCACCCCCCCAGCAGAAAAAAAGCAGUGCAUUUAAGUAAGCAGGUUUUUUUUUUUUAAUACCCCCUCCAAAGUCCUAAUAGCUACCGUACUUCCACUGGACCAACAUCACUGAAGUAAGUGGAGCAUUCUAAAUUAAGUGAUCGGAGGAACAGCCAGCCAGGUGUGAAAAUCCCCUUUUGUUCUAGAGAUUCAGGCUCCAAAUUAACUGAAGCACUCAACCAAUCUGCACUUGAUUAUUUAUGCUGUUUCCCUUCUUUUGUUUUUCUUCAGCUGACACCAUUAGGAGAGCUGAAUAAGCACAGCACAUCCACGGUGGACUUAUCAACUUGCUAUGCUCAGAUGGUAAAGACCUGGCAGCAACUGGACUGGCCGGAUCCUGAAGAGGCCUUCAUGAUCAUGGUGAAAUUUGUUGAGGUGUGUAUACAGUAGGGAUGGGCUGUGUUUUACUUUCAUCUGUGAUCCAUUUAUAAGUCUUUUCACUCUUGUUUCCACAUUAAUCUGUGAAUUUGUGCAGAAAUCCUUACAAAAGUAGCAUUUAAAUACCCAUGUAUUUUUUUAAAAAAAGAAAUUUCAAAAUUUUAAAAUGCGUUGUUUUUCAAUAUACUGUACAUACGUCUAAAUAUAUUUUGAUACAGCUUUUCGAUUGGAGAACUGUGUCAUAACAUUCAGGAAGUGCAAGAGCUGAUGGAGCUUCACAUUAGCCCUGGAGGUGUAGUAUAGAGCCAGAUGUUGCAUUUUAGUAACACUGAGAUCCAGUGUGAUGCACAGAAACAAAUCCUACGAAUGUUGGGGAAGAUCCACCCCACUGUAAACGACUUUGUACAUGAAUCUGGCACUUGAAACUUUUAAGAUGCUGGAAACAAGGAGGCCAGCUGGCUGAGAACCUAUAGUCCCCAAAGAGGCAUAAACAGAUGAGACCCAAAAACAAUCAAGCAGGUCAAGAGCAGCUGAAACAACAAAAAGUCCAGUGCUUUGCGCUUGCACCUGGUCUCACAGUUUUUUACACUUGCUCUUUCAUUAUACUCUGAGAAGUAGUACUGUACUUCAGAAAAGAAGUAAUACAUAAUUCCAACGGAAAAAAAGAACCCACCUUAAUUUGGGAUGGAGGAUCGGAAUAUUUGUUUGUUAAUUACUAUUAUUUCUUAAAUACAGUGGUACCUUGGGUUAAGAACCUAAUUCGUUCUGGAGGUCCGUUCUUAACCUGAAACUGUUCUUAACCUGAGCUACCACUUUAGCUAAUGGGGCCUCCCACUGCCGCCACGCCGUCAGAGCACGAUUUCUGUUCUCAUCCUGAAGGAAAGUUCUUAACCCAAGGUACUAUUUCUGGGUUAACAGAGUCUGUAACCUGAAGCGUCUGUAACCUAAAGCGUCUGUAACCCAAGGUACCACUGUAUAUUUCUUGCCCGCUUGCCACCCCUUUGAUCCCUAAUGACCCGAAUUACCCCUCAGACCAGAUGUAUUUCAUUCUUACGAUGCUCUUAUUGUCUGAUGAAGGAAUCGCCUCUGCCUACGCCUUCCCACAUCCUUGUAGGAAGCAGUGAAAUCCAAGCAGUGAACUGAUGCAUUGGGAGUCUUUACCUCCAUAGAGUACAAUAUCCUCAAGCUUCUUCCUUUUUUGACUUCUUAGGACAUAUGUAAAAUUGCUCUGAUGUACUGCCGACUGAUCAAGACAAGGGCAGAAGAAUUGUCAUCAAAGAAACACAAAGAGGGAGAAGCGGCAAACAGGGUGAGCGAUGAAGCCAGUUUCUGACAAAGGGCGUUGUUCAAGUAGGCUUUUGGGAGGUGGAGAAGUCCCGCUAAAAUAUACUUGGAGUUGAGUGUGGAUUUCAUGCUCUUUAUUCAGCUCAUAGUAGUGAGGAAUGCCAGUUUCCCCGAAAUGUCUGCUUUAUAUACAUUAUUUACACAAUGGGCCCCACGUGAUUGGCUAAUUAUGGGAUUCUCCUGUAGGCCAAUCAGGUUGCGGAUUCACUUCCACCUGGAGUUGGAUUGGGUGGCUCCUGCGGACGAAUCAGACUGCUGCAUUCUGAAUCCUAUUGUUCUAGGUCCAAUCAGACUGCUGCAUUUUGGAUCCUAUUCAGUACAUAACACCUGCCAACUCUUGAGGCUACAGAAUUCUGCCAUUCUGCUUCACAGGCAGUUGGAAUGCAUCAGUUUCUUGCUUUAUUUCUCCCCCCGCCAGCUCUGCGUUGUGGUGAACAACAUCGAGCAGCUCCGCAUGAUGAUCCUGAAGCUGCCGUCCCAGCUGGACUGGGCGCGCCUGGAGCAGAAGACGGGAGCGGUCAUUGCGCCAGAGCAGAUCCAGCACACCUUGCACCACCAGCUUCAGGCUACCGUCACUUGCCUCAACAACGAGAUCCGUGGUGUGGUGCAGACCCUGGCAAGCAAAGUAACCCGGCAGCCUUGGCUUUGCUCUUGAUAAGAUCAAUCUGGCAGGGAAAGGUCUGGGAGGGGCAUGGUUGGAAAUGGCAGAAUGGGGCCAACACGAGACAGUCCGUGUUUUGCAGCCCGUGGUUAUGGCUCCCUAAGAUAAACCUGUGUGCAUUCUGCAUUUCUGUACAAGAGCCAUACUGAGAACGCAGGAUUUUGUAGGGGCCAUACAACUCAGCAUCUCAAGAAACCCAAGAUUUGUAUGAAAACAUUAACAUUUUUUUAAAAAAUCUUACGAAAAUUUCACACACUGCUCUGCGUGAAAUUUCAGAAGCCAGAGCAGAAGACGAGAGGGGGGAACCUUCAUAGGAAGCUGCCUUUAUACGAGACUCAGACCAAAUAGCCUAUAUUGUUCAAGAUUGUUUACAUUAACUAGCAGCAGCUAUCCAGCAUUUCCCACCUGAACUUUUUAUUCAUGCAAAGCAAAUGCUUUGUCAGUGAGUUUUGCCCUUCAGUGCCCCCUCCCCGUAGUUCCUUGUCUAAGGCAGCAGAAAUGUUGUAAAAACUAGCAAAUAGACACACCAUUGGCAGAGGUGGUUCCAAGAUUGAGGUUGAAGAAGGGUGCUCAGUGGCUGCUGCUGCUGCUGUUGUUCUUGGUCCCCAUUCUCCGCUUGCUGUUCUUCCUCAUCUCUUCCUCCACUGUAGAAAAAAUAUUUUAUAUCGGAAUGUAAUGGCAGCCUUCUAUACCUGACUAAUGCAGUGAUUACUAAGAUAAUGUAUGUGAACUGCUUUGAGCACUUACAAAGCAUCUUUCCUCAAGUAGCAGUAAGCACAUGCAUUUUUAUUUUGACAGCUGCAUGCUGGAAUUGCCAGACACAUCCAGGAGCUGUACACCUGCAGCGCUUCCAGGGACCCAGAAGAUGUGAGUCUUGGAAUGCCGAAACAAACCGUUUUUUCUAGGCUACAUGCUGUUGUGCUAAACGUGCCUCUUUUGCCCUAUCCAUGUCUCGUACGCUGCCUUAGCUAGUCCUACAUUCAAAAGAAGCCACAACCGAAACUAGUAAUGUACUAGUAAUGCCCCUGGUUUUAACUCUCGGCCUUGAACUGUAAUAUCUAUGCCUUCUGGAGCUUAGGGCUGUUUGACUUUCCAGCAGAUAGUUUGGCUUUGGAGCAAUAUGUUAGAUCUCUGUAGAGGAGGUGCAGGGAGGUGUUCAGGAGCCGCAAAGGAAGGUGGCAAUGGGGCGGCUUGAGUCACUUCUGAACUUACUGAGAUGAAUGAGAGUAUGUAAGUUCAUGUCAAAAAAAGCAAGCAAUCACGGCGACAACCACCUUGGUUCCACAGCUGUUACUACCAUCACUUUAUUGUUACUACUAUUGUGUUACUACUACUAACAAUAUAGAAUUAGCUUUGAGAACUCCUCCACAGAGCUAAGAGAUGUUGAUAUUUUCUUUUUUUUAUCAUCUUCCAGGACUAUCUAAAGUCUUUUUUUUGUAUAUAAUUUUAUUAAAUUUUCUGUUUUACAAUUUAAAAUAUUCAUUAUUACAUCCUUAAGCUAUCAAGGACUUCCCUUCUUCUCUUUCCAUGGUUCAUUUUACAUAUCAUAAAUCCCUGUAUAUUUUACAAAAACUAUACCAUUCAGUAUUCCAUUAUUGCGAUGUUGAUAUUAUCCUUUAUGAUUUGUUGCUUUCUUUAAAAAAAACAAAAACCAGUCAUAAAUAGGUUGCUGUGAAUUAUACCGGAGACAAAAAUCUGUCUCAUAUUUUCCUCUGCUCAGUUUGUAGGGUGAACUCCUCUGCAGUGUUGCAAUAUUCGCUGGAGGAUCAUUACCACAACACGUUUUAUUUCUUUGAUAAAAUUUCUAGACAGCUUAAUGUUAGGGGGGGUGGGAAUAAAAAAAUUAACAAUUGCAUAAAAAUACUAAGAUCAUAAAAACAAACAAUAAAAUACAAUAUUAGGACAAUGCAGGAGUGCAGAAUCCAGUCUUAAGAGUCAGGAAAAGCCUGAGCAAAGAGAUACAUUUUCAGGCAGCACAUAAUGCAGGUGUAACUGAUGACACCGUGAAUCUCAGAGGGAUGCGUGGUCCAAACUGCAGGGGCAUCAUCCCCCAUUUUGUCUUUUAUCUUCCCUGCUUUGGACUAGGUUCGGUUGGAGAGGGAGUCCAACAAUCUUCUGCCUCUAUAUGUUAUAAACCACAUAUAAAGGUAAAGGUAAAGGUAAAGGUACCCCUGCCCGUAGAGGCCAGUCGUGACCGACUCUGGGGUUGCAUGCUCAUCUUGCUUAAGAGGCCAGGAGCCGGCGCUGUCCGAAGACACUUUCGGGUCACGUGGCCAGUGUGAGGAAGCUGCUUUGGCGAGCCAGCACCAGCACAGAGCACAGAAACGCUGUUACCUUCCCGCUAUAAAGCGGUCCCUAUUUAUCUACUUUCACUUAGGGGUGCUUUCGAACUGCUAGGUGGGCAGGAGCUGGGACCAAACGACGGGAGCUCACCCCGCUGCGGGGAUUCGAACCGCCGACCAUACGAUCGGCAAGUCCUAGGCACUGAGGUUUUACCCACAGCGCCACCCGCGUCCCUUAAACCACAUAUAGAGGAUAUUAAAAGUGUUAUCAGUAUGAGACACAGAGGAGUGUAAUUUUCAAAAAGCACGUUUCUUUACCCUACACGUUGCCUCUUAUUCAUGCAAUGUACACCUGUUAGCGUUGUAUAUUUCAGGUGGCGGCUACACUGGCACACACAGACUGUGUGCGUAAGUGUGCUGACCAGCUAGCACAUAGGGUAAAAGCCUUUGAAAUGUUAUGCUGGCCAUGUUGAGCAGCACCAGAGGAAGUCAUUUUUACUUUCCUUGUAUGGAGGCCUCUGAAAUGUUCAAUAUAGACUCCACAGUGCUCUUCCCUUUCUCUCUGAUUUCUCUAAACUUUUUCUCCCUGCCACCCUAGUGCAUCACCCCUUUAAUGCUAUUUUUGGAAUGUGAGCUCCAGUAUCUAAGUGGGAACCUGGUCCAAGAGAACUUCAACAGGUGAGCUAGAAGCCUGACAUUGCUAGGAUCCGCCCCCCCCCCAUCAUCAUUUUAUAGUAGCAAUUAUAGUAGUCUGUGGCCCUAUGUUCUCCAGAAGAGGGAUUUUCUCCCUCCCAGAAAUUCUGCAACUCCUUGGGAAUAGCAAAGGCUGAAGGAAGACAAGAGAGCUUAAUGCUACUGGGAGAUGAGUGAGGGGCAUCCGACAGGUAAAAGGCCCAGGGUGCCAGAAGUUCAGAAGAUUUGCCAUGGUGUCAGUGUGAAGAAUACAUGGGUGAACCACAGCAGCAUGCCAGGAUCCGUAGACAAGGAGAUCCACUGCUUAGUUUCUACAUUAAGAACACACAAUCCCAGUGUUUCCCUGCUGGGUUUUGAAGCUCUCCAAAUGCAGAUUUACUAGUUAUGGCUAUGGGGGGGGGGGCUGGUCACUCUGCACAUGCUCAGAGACAUUCGAUUCUUUCUUUAUUUUGACUUCCUUGGGCCCCAGUGUUGAAUCCCUAGCAAAUCGGCAAGAUGUUUGAGAAGGGAUCAAUCAGACACAGGGUCUUUAGAGGCCUCCCAACUGUCUUCUUCUUCUGAACUGUUUUUGGAAACCAUUAUGGUUGAAAAGAGGUGCAUAAAUAUUCUUACGUAAAUAAAAUGAAAUAUUGGAGCUCCUUUGAAUGCUAGUGGGACUCUCCAAUGCUAUGUUAAAACUUUAUUUUGCCAAUUUAUUUCUGGGUCUAGGACUGCCUGUGAUGAGUCUACUGUUGUGCUUUUUUAAAAAUAAAAAAAUCCCCCCUUCACCCAUAGUUCACCUUAUUCCCCCACAGAAUCUAGUUGGAAGUUGCUAAAUGAAACCUCUGGGAAUAAGGGAGUUAGUAAGAUGCCCCUGGCUUUCUUUCUUUUUCUUUCUACGGGACCGCCUCUCCUGGUAUGCCCUGCAGAGGACAUUAAGGUCCACAAAUGAUAACAUUUUGGAGGUCCCAAGUCACAAGGUGGUUAGAUUGGUCUCAACUAGGACCAGGCCCUUUUCAGUACUGGCCUCCUGACUUGGUGGAACGCUCUGUCACAAGAGACUAGGGCCCUGUGGGACUUGACAUCUUUCCGCAGGGCCUGCAAGACAGAGCUGUUCUGCCUGGCCUUUGGUUUGAACUCAGUCUGACCCUUAUGUUUCCCUCCUCUUAUGGUUUUGAUCUAUGGGCUACUUUUAAAAUGAGGCUGCAUUUUAAAUUGCAUUUUAACCUGUAUUUUAACUUGGUCCCCCCCCCCCAUUAUGUUUUUACUGUAAUUUUUACUGGUGUUAGCCACCCUGAGCCCGGCUCUGGCUGGGGAGGGCAGGGUAUGCAUAAAAUUAUUAUCAUUAUUAUUAUUAUUGUUAUUAUUAUUAUUAUUAUUAUUGUUAUUAUCAUCCCAGAGUCUAACGGAUUCUGCUGGUAUCCAAUGGCAACCUACCGUAGUUUCUAUCUCUGCUUUCUCUCCCCUCCAAACAGCCUCUUGGAGCUGCUGUGGAAUCACACUCUGGACAUGCUAAAUGGGGCUGCUAAACAGCAACUUGGCAACCUGGCAUACUUCAAGAAAUUGCAGUGUGCCCUCAAGGUACUUAGACAUGUGGAAUAGAAUGUAGGAUGGAGCAUCUGACUUUCUUUGUUGGGCUUUAACAAUGGAGCAUUCACCCUUUUCGUUCUUCUUCUCUCCCCCCCUCCCCAUUCCAUAGAACUUGGAGCGGUGUUUUCAUGGAGAGGGCUGUGGUCUGCCAGAGGACACCCUCCACAAUGCAACAUUUACAGUAAGAUGCUACAAGCCCAAUUGAGCUCUCUGGCGCAUUGGGAGUGGGGCGAGGGAUUCCUCCACCAUGAACAGGCCAAUCAAUCUAGGGACUCAGCUACACUCGUCAAUUAUAUCAUUAUGAUUGUGUGACACCAGAUGGCGCUCUAGAGCAAUGGGAUUUUCCAUCAAGAGCUUUUAUAACGUGUUUUUCUAUAGCACUUUUAAAAAACUCGAUAUAGAUCCAGCCUAGGCAUUCACAAAACAUCACCUAAGAAUGGUGGUCUUGCAGAUCACCAAUGAUGGGGUCCUUAGAACAAGUGGGCCUCCCGUCUUACUUCCUGUUUGCAUUACCUGUUUCAAAUUUAAUUUGUCUUGCAUAAUCUGUCAAUUGGGGGUGGGUUAAGAAUUGCUUAAUAUCCCACUAGUACAAUUUCUGCUCAAACCCACUUGUCCCCUAGGCUCUGGAAGAAGAACUGGACCUCUGCUCUUCCACCAGCAGAAAACUUAUCCAGAAGUACUUCAGCGCCCGAAUCCAGCAGCAGGUGUGUGACUUCAGUGGGCUCUGGCUCCUGUUUACGAAGAAGACUGCAUCUCCUUGUUCGUUCUUCCUUGUGCUGAAUUAUAUUGUUACAUCUUAUUUUCUUACGUUAUUUGUGGCUAAGAUCAUCACUGUUGAUUUACAGCAGGGAUGUGAGACCUGUGUUCUUGUAGACAAAUUAACAGAGAAUUAGGUUAUGUUCUGCUCAUACUGUUGGAGGCAGUACACCUCUGAAUACUAGUGGCUCGAAAGAGGAGGAGGGGAGGGAGUUGUUGUGCUCAGGUCCAACUUUCGGGCUUCUCAUCGACCCCUGAUUGGCCCCUGUGAGGACAGGAUGCUGCCCCAGAUGGGGCAAUAGCCCGAUCUAGCAGGCUCUUACAUUUUGUAGCCCAACAGUUCUUAUUAGAUCACAGAUCCCAUCCUACCUGAUUAUUGGCCAUGCUGUCUGGGGCUGAUGGGUCACACUCCAAAAACAUCUGAAGGGGCCAUGGAUUUCCCAUCCCUAAUUUGCCGGAUGGAACUUGAAGUGAUGUUUAUCACCGUUUAUUACUAUGGUAUAGGGAGACCAGGACCAUUAAUUGCUGGCAAACAGACUAGGGCAUUUGAAAUGCAUCCUGACUUCUCUGGUUGUUCUUAUUUCUUAGACAGAGGCUAGCCCUGAAAAAUACGGGGCUGUGACCAUCAAGGCCCUUUACCGCCACUCGGAACAAAAGCUGCGCGUCGAGGUGCUCAACGCUGUCAACCUCCUUCCCCUGGACUCCAAUGGUGAGAGAGCCCUCGAGCCAAAGGAACGUGUCUCAUUCUCCUUAUUAGUGCAGGCGCGUGAAUCUGGAAUGCUGUGUACGGUUCUGGCUGCCUUUUCUCAAAAAGGAGUUGGAAAAAGUUCAGAAAUGGUCGAUCAGAAUGAUGAUAACAAGGGAGAGUGAUUCACUUCCCUUAUGAAGCAAAGUUGCAACAUUUGGGAGUUUUAAGUUUAGAGAAAAUGUGGUCGCAAAGGCACCAUUGGAGGCAGCAAGGCUUCUGAAUAGCAGUUGCUGGAAACCACGGGAGGGGAGAGUGCUCUUGCGCUCAUGUUCCCAUGGGCAACUGUUCAGCCACUGUGAGAACAGAAUGCCAGACUAGAAAACUGAAAAAUACAGGUUGGUGUUUGAUGCCGACGAUAGAGUAUAGAUGUUGCAGAAAACAUUCAUGUGUGAGCAGCACUGAUCCCAUCUGGGAGUCCCCUUCAAAUCUGAAAGGCAAUUGCAAUUGCUGGUAGUGUGGAUAAAUACUUUAAUAUUUGAAGGGAGAAGGGGCUGAGCAGUCUGUAGGAACUACAGUGCAGUUCAUUCACAUUUCCAGAGGAGGUAGUUGUUGUCUCACUUAAGUGCUCUUGACUCUGUGCAAAAAUCACAGCGGAGAACAUUGAGCAUUUACACACUUGGCUCUUUUAAGAACACAAUGUGAGCUCUGCAUGCUUGGGACCUGGAAUGGAUAAAUAAAGAUUUUAGUAAAACUGAGCCAAGGAAAGAAAUGGAUGGACCUGCUCCAGAGAGUUGCUGCAUCAGGAAGGUGCCCUUUGCUUAGCGGCAGAGACAAACCUUUUAUGCAGAAGAUCCCAGGUUCAAUCUCUGGUACCUCCAGACAGCUUAAAAAUAUUUCAAGUAGCAGGCUAGGAAAGACGCCAAGUUGGAGAGCCACCACUGCCCCAUCAGACUCCACAGCAUUGGGCUUGUUGUUGUUGUUUAGUCAUUUAGUCGUGUCCGACUCUUCGUGAUGCCAUGGACCAGAGCACGCCAGGCACUCCUGUCUUCCACUGCCUCCUGCAGUUUGGUCAAACUCAUGCUUGUAGCUUCGAGAACACUGUCCAACCAUCUUGUCCUCUGUCAUCCCCUCCUCCUUGUGCCCUCAAUCUUUCCCAACAUCAGGGUCUUUUCUAGGGAGUGUUCUCUUCUCAUGAGGUGGCCAAAGUAUUGGAGCCUCAGCUUCAUCAUCUGUCCUUCCAGUGAGCACUCAGGGCUGUUUUCCUUAAAAAUGAAUAAGUUUGAUCUUCUUGCAGUCCAUGGGACUCUCAAGAGUCUCCUCCAGCACCAUAGAUAGACCCAAUGCACUGACUCAUUAAAAAGGCAGUUUCUCUCUUUCAACCUAGAAGGCUGAAACUUAACUCUCAGCAGCCGUAGGGGGCUUGCUUGCUAGAAGGUCUUUGAUGGGUCAAUAAUACUUGGCAUCCGUUCACAAUUUAUUAAAAGAAAGUACUAGCAAACAUCCUACGGUGGGGAAGGGGGUGAACUAAGAUAAAGACUCUUAAAAUUGCAGGACACCACCAGGUGCCAAGUGAAUGCAACUUAUGCUUGGGGGUUUGUUAGAGGAACAGAUGCCCCAGGACAGACUUGCAGUUUGCUAAUGAUUACUUGCUUCUUCUUCCAAUCCCCCUCAUCCCCAGGCUUAAGCGACCCCUUCAUCCAGCUGACCCUGGAGCCACGGCACGAGUUCCCCGAGGUUAUGACACGGACGACCCAGUGCAUAAAGAACAAUCUCCACCCCCUCUUUGAUGAAGUAUUUGAAUUGUAUGUAUUAUUAUUAUUAUUUAUUGAAUUUCUAUACCACCCUAUGCCCAGAGAUCUCAGGGCGAUUCACGGAAUAAAAUCAAAAUAUAAAACCACAGAAUAAAAACAACAACCCAAUAGCUACCCUUCUCUCCUGCCCUGCAGACCCUUGCCAUGGGUGGUUUUUUUUAAAAGCCAGGCAGCACCCACGGGUCUCAAACCGCUGGAAGCGAUUAUGGGAUUCAAGCAAUGUGUUGGUCCAUGGAACCACUGGGCUAAGAUGGCUCAACCCUUGCCAUGGUUGACACAGCUUGAUAAGUAGCAUGAGAUGGUGAAGGCUGGUCCAUUACAGCAAGUGGGACCCUGCCCCACCAAGCUCAGUCUGCCCUCAGCCAGUGUCCACUUGCCCAUCUCCUUACUUACAACCAGUCCAGGGAGUUGAGGCCCUGGCUGUCAGCUUCCUCCUCCUGAGCCUCAGUAUCGCCCUUGUAGAACUCAGCAGCAGGUGGGUGGGGGAACAACACUGAAAUUACCGUAUUUUUCCAUGUAUAAGACGGGUUUUUUCCUUAAAAAUAAUGUCAAAAAUAAGGGGGUGUCUUAUGCACGGAUACAUCUCCCCCCAUUUUCUUAAAUCUGAGUCCUCAAAAAUGGGGGGUGUCUUAUACAUGGGGGCGUCUUAUAGACGGAAAAAUAUGGUAAGUCAGCUAGGCCUGUCCUUGUCUCUGUUUCCCCCUAUUGUUGGCUGUUCUGCCUUCUGCCCUAACAGUCCCUCUGGACUCCAGCCGCUACUGCCCACGAGUGUUACCAAUUAUUUCUGUUCGUCCGUUCCCACUGGUUGGUAUGGUUUGAAACACAGAGAAAUCAUUCAUCUGGUACUUUUUGCGUGCGCUCGGAGGUGGUGCUUCUUCCCCUCGGUUUGAGGUGCCUGCAAAACGGGGUCACUCAACUCAGGCCGUCCCCAUGCUCAUUUCCUUUUACAGUUUGGUCCCUCCAGAAAAAUGCCAGCAGGACGGGACGUGCCUGCUGCUCACCGUGUUUGACUACGACACCUUAGGAGCCAAUGAUCUGGAGGGAGAAGCAUUCUUCCCCCUCUGCAAGGUGUUGGGGCUGAAUGAGGACGAGGAAGCCAUCAACCCUUCUAGGGUGCCGCAGACCCGAUUGUCCUUGACUCAUCCCGGAACUGCUGGUGAGCUCGUUACUUAUACAUUCCCAGCUUCACUUGUCCUUCUCCUUUUUGGCCAGCUAAACCUGUAGCCUCUUAGUGGGCGGGGUCAUGGGCUUCUAGGCACACCCCCCUAGAAAAUACAGGUGGGGCUCUUUUGUUCCAGACCAAGUACUAGGCUGUAUAUUGAAAUGCUCAGCAUUUUAGUCCUGUGAUUUUGGCUUGUAUCCUGCGUAGGGCUAAGUUAACAUUCUGUGAAGUGCUCCCUAACUCUAUCCUGGGGCUUCCUGCAGCAGGGAGUUUGCGGUGGGGCGAGAGGGGUGGGAAAGUCCCAUUGUGCAAGUGGGAUGCUGACGGGGAUGCUGUCUUUUGCUGUUGAGUUGGUGGUAAAUUAUAUCUGCACAAACACAGUUAUGUACUACUAAUCUAAUGAAGCCAAUUUAAAGAGUUUACAAAAAUUCAAGCUGAUGCAACUGAUGAGUCUUCCAGGCUUCUCUGCUGACCAAGGAAAGGGAAAGAUUUUGUUGUCCCUUGUGGGCCCCAUCUGACCAUACAUUUAAACCCUUUAAACAGUCAUGGCUUCUUCCAAAGAAUCAUGGGAGCUGUAGUUUGUUAAGGGUGCUUAAAGUUAUUAUGGAACACCUAUUUGCCCCCACAGAGUUGCAACUUCCAGAAUGGUUGAACCAUUGAUCCUUCUUCUCAGAGAACUCUGGGAGUAGUAGCUUUCUGAGGGGAGUAGGGGUCUCUUAGCAACUCUUGGCACACAUAACAAACUACAGUUCCCAGGAUUCUUUGAGGAAGACCAUGGCUUCUUAAAGUGGUAUGAUACUGUUUUAAAUGUGUAGUGUAGGUGUGGUAGUGGUGCUGGGAAUUAAGAGUUCUGCUGCCUGCAUUUCAAUCCCUUCCCACUGGGAGCUUAGGGGGAAUUGUCAGUAUUCCUCCAGCCAUUUCAGCAUUAGCAAUUUAACUAAAAACUAGAAGGCUGGUUUCAUAACUUGUCUUCUAAGUUUGGAACCUAGGAUAUUAUGGAACAUAGCAGGCUUAGUAUGAGAGCCGGGCCCUGGAGGCACCUAUACAUAUGAAGGUUUUGGAACCUGGGCUUCGAUCUGUUACUGGAGCCAUUUUUUCACUUCACUGAUUCCAGAGAGCUGGUCGUGGCUUCUGUUCUACUGCUUCAUUUCAGAGACAGAGAGAGUGUAGGGAUGGCUUAUUUUCAUACGAUGGCUCCUUGUAUAAUAUGGGUGGAAAGUUAGGGCUUUGUGGCAAACAGGCUGAUAAUGGGUAAUGUUUGAUGGGCAAAUAUCUGCAGAAAGGGCAGGAAAAGCCAAGCAGGAACAAAGGACUGACUGUACUUAGGACCAAGUGCUUUUAAGGGCUCAUCUACAUGUCUGCUUGUCCCGUAGCUAGAAAGCACAGGUCCAAGUGGUUUUCCAUUUGCCCUACUUUGUUCCUGGGGAAAAUGUGCUCUUUAGCUUUAAAUUGGAGCAAACGUCAAUCCAGAAAAAACACCUGAUUGAUGCUUGCUCCAAUUGAGAACAAAAGAUCAGGUUUCCCCCAGGGGAAUGCAGAGGGGAAAGCAGAAGUCUGGAUGAGCCCUAAGUGUGUCCAUAGCAAAUGGGAUGAUUAUUGGUUUGAGAGUAGCAUAGAGGCAGGCUUCUUCACCAGCGGCACCAGUGUUGAGAAAUUGCUUCCCUGCUUCCUCAAUAAGAGCAUUCCCCCUGCUCUUGAUGACGCAACCAUUUAGGCAGGCAUUCCCCUGAACUUGAACUUUCUGAUACAGUAAAUCCACAACUUAGAUAUAUUUAACUUGUGAGCAUUCAGCUUUGCACUCUUGGCAAAAAAAGUUUAAAAAAAAAAAAAGACCGAGGAAAAAGACUUUGGCAAUGUCCCCCCCUGCCAUUGCACACAAUGUGUUUUGACUAUACACAAGUUUGUUAUCAGGCACUAUCCCCAGAACAAAACCCAGGUGUAAGUGGUGGGUUGUUUUUUUUUAAAAAAAACUGUUUAAAUUGUUUUUUAACUGGCUUGUUUAAUUGUGUAUGUUUUUAAUGCUUUGGAAUGGUUUUUAUUGUGUGUUUUAAUAAUCUGUUAAUUUCAUAAUUGAUUUUAUACUUGUAAACGGCUUCAAAGCCCUUUUUGCAUACAAGUGGCAUCUUAAAUAAAUACGCAAUGUGAGGCAUUUUCCAAAAGUGAGGCAAGGUGAAGAGAUUGUUUUUAGAUUGCAGGUUGCUGUCCUUUUUUUCACCGUAGCUUCUACACUGCCCCCUUCCUAGGGACGCUGGACUGCACCCACUAGACUGCUGCUGGAUUUACCUAAGCAUCAUAGGAGCAGCGUUAGCAGUUGACUCUUAACUAGAGAUCUCCUGCUUUUCCUUCCAACAGCUCAAAAGGCAAUGGACAGUAACACAACCCACCACACCCAAACUCCAUUCUCCUUUUAAUAAGAUUCCCUCUUCCUCACUGCUUGGAAAGCUGCUUCCAUAGCAACCUCCAUUGGGAACAGCGUUUUGACUCACUAAAGGGAGCUACAAGAGGUGCUUGGAGCUAGAACAGGAAAUGGAAACAGCUGUUUUUCAAUUAGCCUUGUUCUUCAUGGGGCACACACAUCAUUCACAUAGUAUCCAUUAGCUGCAUCCAUUAGCUUGUUACCCCUUGGCGAUGUCCUGCAGUUUUCCAUCAGGUAUCUCUGGGCUUCUCUGCUUUAGGAUGUUUUGAGAUAUAUGCAAUGGGUAACUUUUUGAGGGGCCAGGAUUCUUGGCUUUGGCCUAGAAGAAGCUUAAGUCUUAGUUGUUGCCUAGCUUUUGUGAUGUCUGUCUGCAGGAAACUGGGUUUGUGUUCAACGUCAAGAGACGUUUAGUUGUAGGAGCAGUCUGCUUGAUUCCACAUCUCACUGACUGCAUGCCACCUCUCCCACUCUGCCCCAGGUGCAGAAAUCUUGAAGCUGCUGGAGACCCGCAAAGGAGACAAGGAAGCCCAGGCGUUUGUGAAGCUCCGCAGACAACGAGCAAAGCAAUCCAAGGAGUCUGAGCGACAGCAGGAGCAACAAUAG